GUUUUGAGAUAACAGCGCACCGUGAACGCGCACGUACUUCCCUCUCGAGUUCCCACCCAUUGCGUCAGCGCGCUCCCUCGCCCUCGCCGUCAGUGCGCGUGCUCCGUGCGGGAUGCUGAAUUGUAGGUGAUGAUGGCGGAAGGGGAGCAGCGCUGAGUUUCAUCUGAGUUCUAACCACAGCUGUAGAACCACCUACAACAUCGUUUCUCUCCGUCGAGACCUAUCCCGACACGAUGGGGAACGAGGCCAGUAUGGAAGGGGAGGGACAGGCGGGACAGGCCGGUCCCGCCGUCCCUGCAGCGGGGGCUCCGGCUUCCAUUUCAGCACCACCGGACUCUGGACAGCUCAUCAAGCCGAGCAAUGGAGCGCCUGUUGGAGGAAGCGGGGCUGCACCCGGGCCGGGGAUUAACAGGUAGCCGCGAUAGCUAGGACGCUUCUCCGCCGAAGAGUGUUGAGAAAUGAGGGGAAGUCGACUCCACGGCAGCGUGGCGUGGCGUGAACCUAACUGCUGUGCAUCUGUUCACGGCGCAGCGUAGAUAUAGGAUCAACCGACUGCGUGGAGAUAGACUUGAAUGGGUGCUUAAUUAUUUAUUUCAAUAUCCUUGUCAACACAAUUCACCACCCUUUGGAGAGCUGUUUCUGCUUUUUCUGGCAGCACCACCCUCUUACUCAACGCCGAUAUGGUUCGAAUCAAAUCUAAUAUGCAACGCUGUCGAUGAAGAAUCAAUAAUAACGUAAAAAUAGCUUCCAAUAGGUCCGAUUUUACGGUGUUUAUCCUCAGGCAUCAGCGGUAGGUGAGCAUGAAUGAAUGAGCGACAUUUUUCCUUCUCAUAGUGAGGCAGUGCCAAGAAAAUAUGACUAUAAAAGAGAAGAUCUUGAGAAUAAUAAUAAUAAUGGUGGUGGAUUAAAUAGGAAUGUAAAUGAUGCAAAGUGUAUUGGAUCUCACUCACUCACUCAUUCACUCACUCGCUUCCAUUACAGAGUGAUUUCCUGAACAUGCUUCGACAUGAAUGCCGGUAAAUACAAAGUCAUUCCGUCUGUAUCCUGAUGACAGCGUGUAUGAUGACAAAGCUACCAUCAGAUAUCACCGGCGUCAUUGUGAGCACACAACCAUAGAGCUGUCUCACUUUAUCAGACCUCUGUCCAAAUCAAUAUGCUGCCUGUGGGCCACUGAUUGCUUUUCACAAUCGUCAUGCAGAGGAAAAUGUAAUUUUUUCUUCAAGAGUGAUGUUGCAUCCAGACACAGAAACCAGACACAUUAACUAACAGAGCUAUGGUAGCCUGAAAGGACAAUUUUCCCACCACAUGUGAAAAAACAAAUUGUUUUUAUUAUAUAAGCAUAUGAAAUAUUCGCCCCUCUCCGAAUCCAAAAGGCAGCCCAGAUCAUUAGUCUUUAAUAACGUGUAGUCGCCUGUAGGUCUGUAUUUUCGGUGUGGGUGUGCAGGAGGAAUUAUCCCUCAUAGCAGAUCUGAUAUUGCGUUAAUUACACAGUUCAACAGUUGUAGAUGUGAAUGUGAAGGAGUAGAGGCACAGCUGCGCCUUAUAGUUGCAUAAACAGGACGCAGUUUCGAGAAGACGUGUAGUUUCAGUGGGCCUCAGUCGAAGGCCUUACAGUACAACCCAGAAGGUGAAACUCAUUGAGAAAUCAGACUUUGUCUUUGGGUACAGGGGUAACAGUGAGGUUUAAAGGUGACUAGAAAAGCGUAUAUUGACAAUAGCGUUCAGGCCUGUCUAUUUUUCUUCUUGCUCUUCAUCCUGCAGGCUGGUUUGAAAGCUCAUAGCUUUCCCAUGUAACCUCAUGAUUCUUUUAUGCCUUGAUUUCUCUCCGGGAUCCACCCUGAGGAGUCUUAUAAGGCGAUGGGAAGUGCUCAGAGACACAGAGAGGGAGUAUAUCAUACGGUUGAUUAAAAUGAUUUUCCUCAGAUGAUGGGCCUUCAUUCAGAGUGAGUCUUUGCCUUUAAACACUCAUGUGACAGCACAAGGAACAGUGAGCAUUGUUGAGACUGGAGAUAGGGGACUUUCAUCUUAAUUAAAAGGAGCCGCAGCGUUUCCUACGUUCGCCUGUUAUUAUGAAUGGGGGCAUUAAACGCUGUUUAUAUCAGAACCAUGUUGUGAUAUGAGAUCCGCGCAGGCCUUUUGCUCUGUCUUUGACUGUAUUAUGAUUUAUUCAGUGCAGGCAGAGAGUUGAAUCUGCGCUCAUAUAGGAGUCCAUAAAGCAAAGGGAGUCAACCUAUUCUUCUGUAUCAUGUGGUUGUUUUGUUGUCUGAUCACGACAUCGUUGAGUAAGUGAACCAUUAUCCUGACCUGAUGACCAGAAGUGACAAGCUUUCAGUCAUGUAAGAAGUUACAUAAAUACAUACACCUACACUUUUUGUUGAAGAAUUAAUACAUAUGCUGUUUUUUAUCUCUGAAGUGCCAUCUAUAACUGCUUCAUCAUGGAGUAGAUGCGAGCUUCGGUUUUUUUUUCCUCUGCUAGCCUUGAAAAUCAGUUUACAUCAAAAUUCAAUCAUAGAUCUUGCUGCAGCUGCAGUUUGUAGAACCCAUGAAAAUAAUGGAUACAGUCAUGUUCUGAGACACAAACAGUGCGCCCUUAUAAUUAAUUUACCCUCGGCGAUAGCAGCGCUGCUUACCAUGUAGCCUAAACAUAGCAAAUGGUUCUCACAGCUCAAACAAAUAAUGCAAAAGCAGAGUUAAUAUUUAUGACGCUGUGACAACCAUAACAUACAGGAGAGAUGCAUGACUGGCUUCAACAGAUGUCCAGUUGACACUACAAUGUAAAAAAUGUAGGGCACCAAAGUAUGUGCUCAUUAGGAGCGCUGUUGUUUCUCUGUAUGUUGGAUAAAAACAUUGUACUUGCAUUGCCACAUACUUCCUUGGUGUGCUGCAUCAUCUCAGGCUGUAGAGGUCCAUUUCAGACGUACUGGGAUCCACCUGAAGCCAGACUCUGGUUUGGUUUCUUCGCAGACCCCAAACUCCAGAUAAUGUAGCAACAAAAGAGACACUGAGCUCAGCCUGAGAUUUUUGGAUGGGAAAUUAUAUUCAAGACUACUUUCAAAGAACCUGGAGUGAUUUUUAACCCUCACAUACUGUUCAAAUCCUGUAUCCUCACAGUAUGUUACGGGUCAAAAUUGACCCAGCCCAAGAAUUGCCCAUGUAGCAAGUAUUUUCACCAAAGUUCUAACACCCAAACCUAUUUAUAAUGUUUAAAUGACCUAUGCUACUUCAAAAAAUUUUUGAUUUGUCCUUCCUAAAUGUUUCAAAAAGCAGGGAAAGUGUAUUUUUUAGGUUUUACAGCCACUCGUUCUUGGUGAAAUAUAUAUUUUGGAGAAGAAUAUCUAUUACACAAAAUAAUGUCAUGUGAUAUUAUGUAAGAAAUAAAAGAAUAUAAAAGUCAUAAUGAUAGGGGUAUAGAGGAAAAAUGUGUAAAACAUUUUCAAAAAUACACAUGAAUAUUUUUAAAUUAAUUUCAUGUAUUUUGGGCCACUUCAGGAGAAGUCAUCAAGUUUCAGGCUUAAAGAAUGACGUUUAGGGUAUUUUUACUGCUGUUUGACCCGAACAGUCUGUGAGGGUUAAGAUAAGACUUCACUUUGUGUGAAUGAAUUUUCACAACCUUGGAAAACUUGAGCAAUCUGUAUUAGAGGUACUGCUUGUUGCUCGUUCCAGGAUUUACUUUUUAACCUGUUUCUCUCAUAACUGCAGUCCUUCCAAUCCAGGCAGACAGAAACGACACAUACUCUUUUUUUAAACCAGAAGCUUAAUAUGAUUUUUUAAUUUGUAUGAAAAGCAUUCCAGCUUCAUAGCUCUAUAACUUCGUAGUUCUUUUCGAUUUUCAUCAAGAUGUACAAUUGAUAGUGAGACAAGCUGUUCUUGCUGCUAUCUUUGUUUUGGUUAGAAAAAUAACUCAACUUUGGGAACGGAAAUUUGACAUCGACGGAGAAACUAGGACAUUAUCUGAAUGACGACAAAACACAACCGAAACACGUUCACGAUCGGUCUUGUCAUUGGGAUUGUUGUUAAAGAGCUGCUUGUACCUUGUCUUCUGUAAUGCAUCACACACUGUAGCUCCAGCUCAACAGAUCUCGCUUUUAUAUCCUACUUAGAUGUUGUAGAAUUUAUAUUUUUCCGCAGCGAGCGCUCCCUCAUCAAUAUGAUACAUUUUGGAGGCUUUGCCAAACCUGUCUGACACUAAUUGAUGAUGUGUCUGCAACUAUUGGAAAUAGGAAGUGCCCUGGCCUGUAAAACUACAAUCCAUAUGAAGUUUUGAGAGUACUGAUACAGUCGUCCCCUGGGGCUGAGUUUUUGUAGCUCCUGUCACCGUCUGGGAAGAAUUUCAGAAAUAGUUUCAUCAGUUUGGAUCAUGACUUCUUAUGAUUCUGUGUAAGUGCUCGUAUACAACACUUAUGUCUGAAUGCCUGUGUCCCGAAAUACAACCAUUCGCUGUUGUGGGUCAGAUCUCUUCGUAAAAGUCACAUCCACAUGUUCCACGUUUAAGGAGUCACAGAAUCUAUUGAAUCUCUGCUGCUGGGUAAUUAUGGAGUUUAAAGAAGUACCCCCAGGAAAACAAGAUUAUCACCUUCUUUUAUUUUACCGCCUGCCUGUCUGUCUGUCUGCGGUCACCAACAAUCCUGAAACGAUUGAAUCACCUUUUUUCGUCUCUGUGUGGAUGAGCCAACAUUUCAUGGUAGAAUUAUCCCCGCUCGGCGCCUUCAACAUACAUUUACAGACAAAUAAUGCGCUUAGACAUGGAUUCAGGUCUGAUGCAUCCUCUGCUACCUCUCUGAUAACCUUUAGAUAUGACUAAAUUGACAGCACAGGGUAUUCUACAGCAGCCUGAGUCACUUGUUUUCAAUUGUAGUGGACAUCAGAAUAAAUCGAUGAGACAUACUGUAUGCUGCAGAGACUCAACUAUGGAGACACUGAUACACAUCGACUCGGACUGGAAUGAAGUGCCUGUUGCUUUUGCAUCUGUUUAAAUGGACAUCUUCACAAGCUUUAUGUAUGUUUUGUCAUGUUUGCACAUUAGACAAACGUAAUAAUUGUUGAUUGCAAGGUUGUUUGAUGCUGAUAACCCCCUUUAGAAGUGCAGCAACAGCUAACCCUUGUAUCAGCGUUGUUUAAACGUCUGAGUUUUAGCUCGAAUCUUUCUUUUCAGUCGGCUCAGUUAGCCUUUUAUUUCCCACCAUUUAACCCAUAUAAAAACUGAAGUUGAAUUUCUGGUUGGCUUGCUGCAUGGAGGUGAGAAAAGCAUCAAUCUUCUUUUCUAACUCAACAGAGAGAAAUAAUAAUGACACUACCUGAAAAUGUUGAACUUUUCUUUGUUGCAUGUAUUAUUGAAGCAGACUAGAAAACUCCUUUUGUCUCCUUGUGAUAGAAAGUUUCACAGGGAGCUCUCAUUACAUCAGAUUGGCAGCUUACAAACCCUCACACUGUUCACUAUCCACUUUGUGAUAAAACAAGCUAUUUGUAGUGCUUCAGAUACAAAGCCACAAGUAGUUCUCAGUGGACUCCCAUUUACUGAUGCAAGAAAAUGUUUUGAGAAGUCUUUUGAAAAGGUGUCUCCUUGUUUAUAUGACUUUUCUGGGUCUUAUUAAGGUGCCAUAGGAAUCCUAGCAGGUCUGUUUUUCUGCAUUUAAAGGUGGGGUAGGCAGGAUCUGAGGAAGUGUCAGUUUUGGGGAGAAAUCUUGAAUGUAAACUCUACCCCUCCGUACCAAUUUUUCCUUCAGCUCCUCUUCUCCCCUCCGUCUCUGCUCCAGCAAGCCCCGCCCACAAACAGACGCUUGCAUUCGUUUGUAUCGUUCCAAUUAAAUUCAGAUAUAAUGCAGAUAAAUACUUUAGAUAAUUACAAAUGGGGCCCAGUCAUCGUGAAAGUCAGCAGCAUAGGUGCUACUGUAGAUGCCAACAGACUACCAACAAACACAAAGUUUGCAGGACUUCUAAAACUAGGAUAGAGUGACAUAGUCCAGGACCUGAGGUCAACAGUUUAGUGGUGCUAUAACACGCAGCAGGUCCCGUUUGACAAGAAACACUUCUGUUACAGACACUUGGCUUACUUUGUUGUAGCGGUUUACCUGUCCAGCAGAAAAGUUACAGGGUCCAUAAGACCCCGAAGCAUCCCCCAUCAUUGUUGACCCGGCUUCUUAGCUCUUGCCCGGUCUACCUCCUUUUUAAGCGCCCGUUAUUCCCCCAGAGUCUUCGGUAUUUACUUUGUUUUCUUGUUUGUGUUGGCAGUCGUGGCUAAAGGAGGAUUCAGACAAUUUUCCGUACUUUCUGGUUGGUUUCUACUGUCCGAUAUUGUAGCAUGCUAACUUUGAUUGGGCUCCUGAACGACACAGGGGAGAAGCAUCUGCCUCUCAGCCAAUCAGGAUGGGGGAGGCGGGGAAUGGCUGUGUUUACAGUCAGAAAGAGCGGAGUGCUCUGAAAUUUUAAAAUGUUGACUACACGGACAUAACAAAACACAGCGAUAUCAUUAUAUUACCAAAUGUCAUUAAUGACUAAUAGCUAUUGACUGAUAUUAAAAGAUUUUUUGUAAAUACACCACAAAGUAAUAUGCUUCUUUAAUGGAUUCCUGCCUACCCCACCUUUAAGUGAGACUUCCUUCUCUUUUGUGAUGUCCUGGGGUAACAUUACUCAGUAUGUCAGUAGUGGAAGCAUUUCCAGUUGAGCCUCGGAGUCAUAGUAGUGGUCAGCACGCUGUCAGGGCUGAGUCUUGAGUGCUGUUGUGCAGAAUUGGUUUGAAAGUGGAGGAUCUAUCUGAUGGGCUCAGUCACAGUGAGCACAGCCUCCCUGCUGAGAGUGGAUGAAGGUUCUGGUUGUGUAAAAGCUCCAGUCAUCAGCGGUGGCUCAUAAUUGCUAACAUGCUCUAUUUGAAUUCUUUUAUCCAUCCCUUAUUUCCACCAUUCUCUUACUGCAGAUGCAGGGCCGCUGCCGAGACUGUCUUUGAAGAUGACGGCCAUGACAAAACAAGGCCUAAGUUGUUAUGACAGCGGAAAUCCUCCAUUUCUCUUUAACUAUUGGCGUGAACGCUGGAGGGCAUGAGCAAGGAAACCAAAAGUUUAUAAUACAGUUCUCUGAUACACUAACUUAAAUUUAUCCUAAAAAUGUCGUCAGUAAGGCCAGAUCAGAAAGAGCUUCAAAGAGUCAAAAGAAGCCACAAGGAGCACUUCACAGAAACUAAUAGAGGCGAUAUAAAAUAUUUAGCAUAUGCCUCUCUGUUGCCAGCAUUUUGAGUAGUUUGAUAUCACACUUUGAACAACAAUAAAAUCCUUUAAUGGCAUGCAGUCUGAGUGCAUCUCACAGCUGACAGCUUCCAAAAUAUAAGCACUCAAGGAGAAGUGCUUCUCCUCCUGAAAUUAAGUAGAGCUCAGUGGAAUGAAACCCACUUGUGAAAUCAUUAGAUGCAGCUCAUUUGAAAUGUAUAGUUUGAUUAAAAUGUGUAAGCAACAUAUUUGCAGCACAUUGAUGAAAUGUUAUCAUGCCAACAAACUGGGUAGAUGUAAUAACAGGACAAAGCAAAUCAAAGCUCCACGAGUCAAAGUAAACUCGAGCUCCACUUUAUGAACUCACUCUUGGUGGUUUUUAACCACAUCCCGAAACCACGUCUCAGAGUGAAAAAACCUCAUUUAAUAAAAAAGGACUCUGUGGCUUUACUGAACUAAGCCACUAAUAGUGCUGGUAAAUGGGCAACGAGUUAAAAAGUUUGUUUGGUUUUUUUUUUCAUCUUUUUUUUAGAUUAUUUACUAAUUUUUCUUUAUGUAGAACUAAUGCUUUUGUGACUUCUCAUACAGGGGCACAACAAAAAUACACAUUUAUCACUUUAUUGUUUUAAGCAUACAAUGUCCUGGUUUAACUGCAACUUAAUGUGUGUAUUAUAAUUCAACUUUAUUAAUUCUUAGGGCACUUUUCAGACAAAAAAAAUGCAGUUCAAAGUGCCUCACAGAGGCUAAAAACAUCAAUUAACAACAAUAAAACCCGAACCUCCCAUUCACAGACCCACCCAUGGACCCACACUCACCCACACAUACACACACAAGCGCACACAGUGUGAGAAUUUAAGCUAUAUUGUUAAAGAGACAUGGCCUGACACUGAGGCAUUAUAUGAGAAAAGAGCUACCUUUGGGAAACACUGGAGAUAAAGAUAAAAAAUAAACAAAUAAAUAAAAAAGGGUAAAAAGGAAGACUAAAACCUGAUGGACUAAAGCAAGAAAAUAAUCUUAAAUGAACAGAUGAGUAAGAGCUUUUUACCAUGUAAAAGGGGUAAAAGAAGUAAAAACCUCUAAGACGGGAAUUAAGAAAAAGACUAAAAACAGAGAUAAUUAAUAAAAUGACAAAAUAAACAUCAACAACUUCGAUUAAAAUGAACAUUUGCAAUAAGAGAAAAAUAAAAAGGCAAUUACACAAAAGUCAAAUAAUGUGAUGGUAAUGAUUUCAAGUUUGAUACAAAAUUCAAGCAAAUGAAAAUUCUGUUUUUCUACACAAAAACAAACAAGCAAAGCAAAAUCCUCCGGUUUUCAAUUUGCGACGACCUUAUUGAAAAAACUGAGCCAGGUGAGGGAAAGCAGCUGCUGAUGCAGAAUACACAAUCCAGUUUUGUCGAUGUAAAUGCACAGGAAGAUGUUUGGUUUCAUCAUUCAGGACAGGUGGACAUUUAAUGACCAUGGGAGAUAUUCUUCCCCAGGUGUUGCAAAAGAGGAUUGUGAGGUGUGAGUUGAAAUGAGAACUCCAGCUUUACUUGCACUGUUGCAUUUCUAUAUGUGUAGCUUUCCAGUAAGUCGAGUUUUGAUUUGUAUAUUGAAAUUGCUUUGGUUUCAUUUCAUGCGUUUACAGUUAGUGCAGAAAUACAAAAACAGCCCAACAGAAAGGAAUUUUUUUUUGUGUAGAAUUGAUUCGGUGAUAAUAAUAUGUGGUAAUAUUGUGGAUGUUACAGACUCCUCCUGGAUGUGGUAAUCAUAUCUUUGUUGAUUAUAGAUGGGGUUUUUUUUGUGUACAAACAAUACUAGGUGCCAAUACCAGGGGGCAAAAGCCUGCUGCGGAGUGAACUGAUAUCAAUAAUGAUGCCGUAUUGUUGAGAUAUCCAUGAAUUUCACUCAAUUUACCAGGUUGUGACGUUGUUUUGGAUGUUUCUAAUAUCAGGAGCAGGGUCAACUGUUUGUCGGUUGUUUGUUUUGCCGAUUCCUUCAGUUUACAGCACAACAGCUCCUUGUCAUUUUCUUUCUCCGUUGACUCCGCUAGUAAACUAAUAAGAAAUGUCUCGCUUUCUGCCCCCUGGCUGCGUGCGCAUACCUGCGAUGACGUUGCACAGAAACCCGUCUAUACAUGCUAUGAUGCUUUUUCUUUUCUAAAGUUUCAGGUAUCAUGUAGUGGGUGAAUUACGCAGGUUUUAUGAAAUGUAUUUAAAGUGUAUAAGUGCAUAUUAGGUGUCAUUUAACUCCCCUGCUGAGCCACACACAUUUUAUUCUACGUAUGUGUGUGUCAGCAGUUACAACCAACUGUUUUUCUGUUGAAUAUAUAAUCAGAAUUAUGCUUCACUUCAUUUAUUUUGUUUUCUUCUUUGUGAUCUCUUCCAGAGCACCUCCGUCAGACCCAGGCCCUAAAGCGGGAGUCCAGAGCAGUCAUGGGACAGGGGAUAGGUUGGCCUCACAUGACACUCCUCAGCAUGCUGCACCACAGGGAGAGCAGGGACAGGGUCAUGUGGCUAGAAAGAGUCUACAGGUAGAUUUGGGGAGCAGUAGGACUGGGAGGUCCCCCUCUGUGUCCCCCGACCGGGGUAGCGUCCCCACCUCCCCAUAUUCUGUGCCACAAAUUGCACCCAUGCCCAGCAGCAAACUGUGCCCCGUCUGCAAAACCACUGACCUGAUGGCCACAGGGGAUGACAAGCCCAAUGUCAACACCUGCACACAGUGUCACUCCAUGGUGUGCAACCAGUGUGGCUUCAACCCCAACCCUCACCUCACCGAGGUAAGCAGCGCUGCUCAGCUGGAACAAUAAGACACGUGUUUCACUUCAUACAUCCUCAGCACAUGUUUCUGUUUUUCCUCCAUUUCUUCUCCUUCAUUCAACAAGUAAUCAUAUGUUGUAUACAGUGAAAGCAUAGCUGAGAUAGUUUGCUGUCAUUCUGUGCUGAAUUACAGGCAGCUCAGCAUCUGCCCUGGUGCAUCCACUUGGAAAACAAACACCAGUGAAUUGGAAAAAAAAAAGAAAGAAAGAGAAAAAAGAAAAAAAGGUCAAUGCAAAAAACUGAAAGGAUUCAGAAAGAAAUAAGCACACUGUGUUUGGUGCUCUACUCAAGGUUCUUGGUUGUAUAAACAUGAAGUUUCUGACUGUAAUAACUCUGUCAUCCCAUUCAUCGGUAAUAAGCAGCUGAAAAGAGAAUGAAUUGUGGCAGCAGUGACUUAGUAGUCGAGCCGGUCCUCCCCCAUGUCCUGCUGUCCACAUGCUGAAGUGUCCUUGGGCUAGAACCCCAACCUGUAUGAGUAUGGGAUUAGUUAAAACUAAAACCGAUGGGUGCUUUACAUGGCAGCUGUUGCCUUGAAGGUCGUGUGAAUGAAUGAAUGUGUCGAUGAGUGCUUUGAGGGGUCAGAAGACUGGAGGAAAUGGUAUAUAAACAGUGUAUUUACUAUUUAAAUCCAGUUCAUAGACAAAAUCUUCAGGGACAGUGUGACCUGCCAAGGGACUGCAGAUGUGAAUUAGCUCGAAGGUAGCUCUGUCUCAGUUAAUCAAAUGGCAGCGUUUCUGUUUAUACCAUCCAUAGUUUCUUCACAAAUAAAUGAGACUGAUACAUUUGGCCAUAUUUUUAAGUAAAACUUUCUAUUUGAUAAAAUCUUAGCUAACAUGGCAUUACCAAAGAGGUGUCUGAAAGCUAAUAAAAUUGUUUGGUAGUUCUCCACUGUAAUAUAAACAUUAAAAUUAUAAGCCCAUGUAAUAUUAGAUAGAAUUUACGUUCCAGCUGAUGUUAUGUUAGCCAAGAUUUGGUUGAAUGUUUCUUCAACUUGUUGUCCGAUGGUUGUCAACACCUUCUCAGUUUUACAAAUAUACUUUAUUAUCACCCAGGGCUCUCCGAGUUUUGUUUAGUCCUUGGAUUUCCAGUGGCGUAUUCAUAGAGAAGAAAGCAUUCAACGUUUCAAAAGGGUUAUUUCAGUGUAUUCAACUUCCUGGGAUGAUAUUUGGUCAAUCGGUUGUUGAGUAUGCUGUUUUUACUUAAAAUGUGAUAAAGACUCCCUUUCUCGUUUGUCUGUAAAGUGUCUGAUCAAUCACAACUUCUUCCAUCUUAAAUCUAAACCCUUGUUCAGAGAAGUAUGACGUUAAAACACGUUUUAAACUUUCCACACUGAGAGAGAAAGGGACUUUGUUCAAAUGGACAGUCAGGUGACUGUAUGACCACAGCUUUCAGCUCAUUAUUGUAUGAAUAAAUUAAUAUGGUACAUAAGUCCUUGUUAUAGUGCUGCUUUGACACAGGACCAUGUGUCUUUACGCCUGAAGGCCCUCAGUCAUGUGUGACAUAAUAAGCUUGAUGUGGUGUUGCAUGAUAACAUUUAUGAGCCACAUACUGUAUGUUGAGGGUGGGCGAUAAAUUAUCAUUUACGAUAUAUCACCAGAAAAAUCCUCCAUAAUAAAUAUUUGCCAUCUCACAAUAAAUACGAUAAAUGCAAGUUGAUAAUAUAGGCACGAGCGACGGACUUGCAGCCAUAACCCACACAGAGCAGAGUAACAAACAAACAUGUCGGAAGGUAAUGAAGAAGACGUUUCUGAGCAGCUUGUUACUGAAUGAGGCUCCACAUGAGGGGUUUCCUUCAAGAUUGGGGCUUAGAUGAGUGCAAUCAGGUAUACCUGACAUCAGACAGUAGAUCUGCUGCUUUGUUGUCAUUAGUUUUCUCCAUAACCUACCACUAAAACUUGUGGUUAAGGGUCUUAUUUGACUGUCCAAACUGGUGUUUUCAAGACAAAAUGAGUCAAAAAUAAAGAUUGGAAUUAUAAUAUUUUUUACUAGAGGAUUUUAUCUUGUAUAUAGUCUGUACCUAUUAUUAUUUAUUUAUUUUUAGUAUUAUUUUUUUCUUACAACUAUUUUUGUACUUUUAAUUCGGUCUCUGUUCUGUCUUUUUGUAUUUGUUGCACUGAAAAUGGAGAGAGAUAUCCAUUUAUGUUAUUAUUUUUGGAUAAAGCUCUAACAAUAGUAUUCAUAGUAUCCAUAGUUGACGUCAAUGUGGGAGACUGUAUCCCUUAGAGGCCUCAGAGCUUAGAUUUAACACUCAUAUACACCAUAAAGUAUAAGAAGAGGAGUCUGUAACAGUGAGCGCACGUUUUGAGGUUUUCUAAGUGGCUGACUCAGGUAGUUGAAUUAAUGGUAAUUAUUUCUUGUUGACAUUUGUGAGUAAUUCCAGCGAUGGCUAUUGUUUUGCAGUUGGCUGUUACCGCCUCACAGGCCGGACUGCACCAGCUGAAGUGAGGUUAUGAAUCAGUUUCAUGCUGGUUCAGAGCUGUGAGCAUCUGAGGCGUAGUCAUUGUUCAUCUUGAUUUGUUAAGGGUUUAAUAUUCUGUUGACCUCAUGGUAUUUCAUCCUUUCAGACCCGGGUUACCGCGUUAUUCUUCCCAGUAACAUGUUGGUCACUUCCUGUUAGCUGUAAUGAAUCUUGAGGCCCUUAUCAUGAGCAAAUGCUGUAUUUGUUUUUAGCUAAUGCUACAAACCAAAAGCACACACAACCGCUGAACAAAACUGCAUCCAUCCUUUCUGACAGGCCCUAGUGAGCAUCCGAAUCAUGCCCAGAGCCUCUCCCAAAGAGAGCCCUUUAAUAACACCACCACUGACCACUGCACAACAUGUAUCCCCCCCCUUUCACAUUCAUUCAUAUGCAUCUAAACAGUCAUCAGUGUUAACAGGUAGCUGAGAAAGCCCAUUGCCUUUAUCCAAAAAUAAAUCACUUUCCUAAUUUGAAUUAAGAUAUGCUUCACUGUAACUGUGAGUCAAGUGUGGCUGUGUCAUCUGUCACGAAGUUUCACAUCAACUCCAGUGAGUCAUGUUGCAAAAACUGCAGCCAAGAUGCAAUGUCAGUUAAGUUGGCCUACAGGCUAUCAGCGCAACUGUAGGAUGAAUAAAUAUGAGGAUUCAUCGAGUAAACGGUUUGUUUUUUUUGGAAUUCAGUUGUCUUCGCAUAAAUGUAUUAUUGCAUGAGUGUGUGUGUUUGAGGAGGGAGAUUCGGCAGAAGUCGGAAGUGGUGGGAGAUGGAAGGACUCGAAAAGGGAAUGUGUGGAGCAAAGAGGAGACAGGCAGUGAAGAAUAGAUGGUGGCAGCGAGUGAAGGAAAGCAUGGCAGUAAAGAGAACUGCGGAGGUGGAUGUUAUGGGUAUUUUUUCAGCUCAGCCUUGGUGAGCUUGUCAGAUGCUGACAGGGAGGAGAGAGAGGCGGAGAGAGACAGAGGGGAAGCGCUGAGACUCUGGAGACCUGAAGAUUUACCCCCCUAACCUACUUAGCAUGGAUUGGGCUUUUGCCUCAGUGCAGCAGAUCAAACAGAACCUUAUCACUCUUUGGUUAAAGCGAUGAUGGUCACGUUGUUGGAAGCAAGGUGAUAAUAACGCUGGAGAUGGUGCUGACUGAAAGUACGAUUACAGUGAUGACGGGACAAAGCUGCUGCAAGGGUUGGACAGAGAAGUUUCUCUUUGGCACUCGUGGUUAAGCGGAGACAGAUUUUUAUCGGCUUAUGUCUUAUUUUUCGGCAUUUUCCUAGCAGCACCUCACUCAUUACAAUUCCAGCUUUGCCUCUUGAUAAAAAUCCCUGUCAGGUUCUGAUUUAUUUCUGUUGAAGAAUAUUUCACAGGUGCUUCUGUUCACAACCUUUAUGGACAGAAUUUCUAGGCGCAGCCGGGGGGGUGGAGGGUGUCCAGUUCAGCAGGCAGAAGAUCGCGUCGCUGCUUUUUGCGGAUGAUGUGGUGCUUCCAGCUUCGUCGAGCAGUGACCUUAAGCUCCUGCUGGGGCGGUUUGCGGCCGAAUGUGAAGCGGCCAGGAUGCGAAUCAGCACCUCCAAGUGCGAGGCCAUGGUCCUCAGUCGGAAAAAGGUAGAUUGCCUUCUCCAGGUCGGAGGGGAGGUCCUGCCACAAGUGGAGGAGUUCAAGUAUCUCGGGAUCUUGGUCACGAGUGAGGGUAGGAUGGAACGGGAGAUCGACAGGUGGAUCGUGGUGAAGAAAGAGCUGAACCUAUGGCCAUGAACUUUGGGUAAUGACCGAAAGAACAAGAUCGCGGAUACAAGCGGCCGAAAUGGGUUUCCUUUGCAGGGUGGCCGGGCUCAGCCUUAGAGGUAGGGUAAGGAGCUCGGACACUUUGAAGGUGCUCAGAGUAGAACUGCUGCUCCUCCAUGUCGAGAGGAGUCAGCUGAGGUGGCUCGGGCAUCUGGUUUGGAUGCCUUCUGGACGCCUCCCGUUAGAGGUGUGUCAGACAUGUCCCACCGGGAGGUGACCUUGUGGCCCAGGACCAGGUGGAGGGAUUAUAUCUCUCACCUGGCCUGGGAGCGCCUGAGAAUCCUCCUGGAGGAGCUGGUGGAAGUGGCCGGGAUGAGGGCUGUCUGGGCUUCCCUCCUGAAGCUGCUGCCCCCCUGCGACCCAGACCCGGAUGAAGCGGAAGAAAACGACGACAACGAAUAUUUCACAGGCGCUGAUUGAACUGUCCCAGAUUACGGGGAUAAUAUGGAAAAAUUCUGUUGUUGAAGAGGAUUUUCCCUCAAAUUACAAAGAGAUGGCCAUGCUGAUUAAAACGUCGAUAACCCUCGGGCAAUUCUGUAUGUGGGAAUUUUACAUUACGCUUACUCAGCUCAAAGUCUAAAAUACUAACUCAAGCUGGUAUAAAUUAGAGCAGCCUUUCCUAUCUGAUGACUGAAACAGCAAAAAUAGGUGUUCUGGCCACAGCCUGUUACCGAGCUGUGAGUCAACCUGAAACACAGAGGUGCAUUUUAGUCAAACUGGCUGGAAAAUGUACAAGCGUUCAUUCAACCAGCAAGCUUAUUAUGACAAAGAUAACAGCUAAGUGAAAAUUUACUGCCUGCUGUGUUGAAUUGGAAAUUUUCUGAUGAAAUAGCAAAAGAAAAAAGCAAGACAGAGAGGAACAAGACAGCCACGAUAACUCCAAGGAGAAAGACUAACAUAACAGAGAAAAGGAGCAAAGAGAUAGGGAACCACAGAUGCCUCCCAUCUGACAGUGUUCUCCCACCGUCAUACAGGGGAACAUCUGCUUUAUAAUUGGUCCAAUUUCUAUUUAUAGUCAUACCCUCUUUCUGUCUGCAGCAAUGGCCCGGUCCUAAGAAGCCACAGCUGAAAAAAAGAAUAAUAAGUGAGGGAGGAGUGUGGGGAGACAAAGCAGGAGAGAAAAGCAUCAUCGUAAAUUAAACAUAAUAGAGCGUUCAUGCUGACGCUAUGCAACCCCACAGCUCUGAGCACCACACAACAACAACAACACAAAAUGCUGAAAUGAAUUGACAAAUAGCGCGGGAGAAAACCUUUUCUUUUUGCAUUUGUGUCAUACUCGGUGAUGAAGGUGUCAGCUUUGCCAAAAUACUCUGGAGAUCUGAAAUAUUCCUUGAACCAGUCGUGACAUGAUGACUUUUUAACGCUUUUGUUUGAUAAAUGCUUCGGAACAGCUUCUUUGUCUUUUUAACCAACAAUCCCACGAGCUGAGGAAGAGUUUUAACAAACGCUCCCACACAGAGCUUCUCUAGAGGCACUCUAUAAAUCACUCUAUAUAUCUCCUCCUCCUCCAUCAAAAUACAUCAGGUAGGAGGGCACGCUUGGCAAUGCUGCACCAGAAUCGUUUAGCUUGUACACAAAAGCAGGAUGUUGUGACUCAAAAAUAGAUCAAUAUAAAUUUCCAAACUUGACAGAAAGGCUUCACAAUAACUGCUAGAGAAAAAGAACUUCAAUUUGUUUUAUUCGGACCCUUUUGGCGACAAGCUGGACCAACUAAUAAUGUUCUGUGUAUCAAAAAUAAUGGUGUGGGAAGGAUUUUGGUGCUAAAUUACAAAAUUAUGACACAAAAUUAUCUUUGUAGGGUAUUUUGGCAUCUCAUGUAUUUUUUUCUUCUCUGGGGCUGCAACAUAAAAAAAAAAUUGCAGCCCCAGAGUGCAAUAGACUGUUUCCAUCAUGAAACGUGAAAAGGGUGACAGAGAAAUACCCGGAAAGAGCAAUUAUGAGCUAAAUUCCCCUGUGUUAGACCUCCUCUGUAAUGGAAAACACAGGUAGGUGUAAUCAUUUGGCGAAGUCAUUCUGCUGCUGAGCUAGCACUGAAACAGAAGCAAAAUGGCAUCACUGUAAUAGUCAGAGUGAGUUGGAUAAAACAGUACUGUGUGUGUGUGUGUGCGUGUCUGAUUGGAGGUGUAUGAGAGUCCCUCAUCUUGUAAUCAACCAAAAAAAUUCUUGGUUGACUAAAUCCCUGAAAUUUUCGAUCAAAAAUCGACUAAUGGGACUAAUUGGGACAGCAAACCCUUCUCGGCGGGAUGAAAAUAUACUGAUGUCAGCACAAGAAGGCAAUUAAACACAAAUAUUAUAUUCAGCAACCCACCAGACGCUGAUUUACGUGGAAGCUCUUCAAUCUUCCUGUCUCCAGCCGGUCUCCAGUGGGUUGGGCGAAUCCAAAACGGUCAAAACAAGGGGGGUGUUCCAAGACAGGCUGUUACCGGUGAAACGGGGGUGCUCUGAAAACACCUCCAUUAGCACUUGGUACGUUCCUCCUGAUAAAAUUAACCAUAGACUGUAAAUCGACGCAGAAAAAAAUCGAGUCGACCAAUCAGAAUUUUUGUCGACUCAGCACUUAUCGACUAAUAAGUUGAAACGUCGGCUGGGACUUUCAGACCAAGUGGAAUCACAGCUCUGUAACAUAUUCUGUAAAAGUACAAAAGUCUUCCCAAAAAGAGGACACGACUAUGUGGGGCGGAGUCGCACGAAGUAAACUUUUAGAGUUUUCAGGUCGGAAUGAGUGUCUUUCACGCGCUUCCAACUCAGUAAGUCCACGUGACACAAAAUCGAAACUUGCGUGCAAAACCGCGGACAUUUUAAGGAUUUUAUUAACUUUCCUAGACAAACCCGGAUGCAUUUUUUUUUUUUUUGCUAAGUGCUAAGUUCCGGUUGGUUAUUCCUUAUGACUGUGAAACGCCAUCGUCUGUUGGGUUAGGGUUAGGGAAAGGGUGUGUGGUGAUGUUUCCAGCUUUUCUAGCCAAUCAGAGGCGAAGGAGGCGGGACUUUCCCCUACCAUCCUACAAAAAAGAAAUAUCGCAACCCGGGCUGUGUCCGAAAUGAAUCACUCAAUCCCUAACCCCUAACCCCCAUAUGGGGUUUUACCAUGUAGUUGACUAUAUAGUGAACUCAAUCACCAGAGGUUUCAGACACUACAUGGAAGGACGCAAUGCAUGACGGGAUGCCCACCACCGGUGAGUGACCAUCGGGUGGUCACGACAUUUUGCAAUGCUUUAUGGGAAUUUUUGAGUCGCCUUUAUGGUGAAUUGAUCACUCAGAUUUUGGACACCCCUCAAAAUGGCGCUAACCCCCAUAUAGUCGCCUAUAUAGGGGUUAGGGAUCCAUUUCGGACACAGCCUCGGACAGCCCCUAAAAAGAGGACUCGACUGGGUAAAAGAAGACGUAUGGUGACCCUAACAAAAGUGUAAUUUAAAGCUCAGUGUGGCAUAAUCUAAAUGUAUAAAAAAAAAACGUCUUGUCUCGAUUUAAAGUGUACGGGUAACAAUUUGCUGACAUAUUCCUCACAUCUUAACAAAAUAACAGCAUAUCUAGUUUUGUUAGCUUGUUCUGCGGCCUUGAGUGUUCAAUAUAACUCCUGACAUCUGCUUCACAUCGUCCCUUACAGGUAAAUUUAGAAGUUUGAGUGAAACCCAUAAAUACUUUCCCACCAGCCCUGUUUUUGUAAAGAGGUUUUUAUCUGUAACUAGCUGCUCGUAUGAGUCACCUUGCUGGUCAGUCAAUUUGAUGAUUCAUCUCCUACUCCUGCAGAAAAAUUCUCUGCACAUGUACAGCUGUGGGAUACGGACUUUUCGUUAGUACUUUUAAGUACUUUUCUCAGUGAGAGACAGAAACUGCUCAGCUGUCAGGACUUUAAUGUUGCCAGUGUUUUCAUCCCAAGGCUUGAAAUUGAUUUUCUCGAGCUGCAACAGUAACCCCAAACCUGAGGGAACAAGCUGUCCAUCGUCUCUGUAAACAUUUGUGUUUAUUAUUAUUAUUCUCGAAGUGUGCUUCAAGGCGACUUUUCAGGUUGAGAGUGCCUUCAGACCAGAACUGUUCUGUGUUUGAACCUCAGCUCUUGAUUACUGCUUAACCCUUGAAGAGUUUAUGUCUUAGCUUUAAAAUGAGGAUUUGGGUUUUUUGCAGCAUGCAAACUAUUUUUGGGAUAAAAAUAAAUGCUGUAGUUACAGUGCCCAGCAGAAGUCAGUUCACCCCUAUUAAAAGUAAUGUAUUACUCACUAUCUAGAUGAGCAAAAGUAUAAUUUCCAAAGUUUUGACAAAGCUGAGUUUAACAUAACAUUUUAUUUACCAUAAGAUGAAAAUAAGGGUGAUAUGGUAACCAAAAUUUAGCUUCCCAGAACUUUGAUUGGGGUGUACUCAUUUUUACAUCCUGAUUUUAAAUACUUUUUUUGUAUGCAACUUAAAAAGUCUUGUUUGCAAUCAAUGGCCUACAUUUAGGGGAGUAUUUUGUUGUUAUAGUCUGACAUAGAAAAUGUUAAUUUUGAAAGGAGACUAAAGGUUUUCUGACAACUGUGAGGGGUGUACUCAUUUAUGCUGAGCACUGUAUAUCAUGGAAAGAUAGGUGCAUCAUACCUCAAGGGAGCCUGAGUCUGGUUCUUAAUCCUCUAAAUUAACUCAAAUAUUUAAAAUCAAACAUUUCUAAUCCUGCUGUAACUUUGCAUCACAAGGCACAAGAGAUCCAAUGGCAUUCUGGUCCAGCAAAGUAGAAGACAAUAAGCUUACUGUUUUACGACUCUCCCGCUAGAACAGACUUGAGCUUCAUCUGUGCUGUACUCGCCAUCUUUUGCUUACAUUAACAUCACUUGAAGUUCGGUGAGUCGAAACUGUGCGAUUUCUCAGGAUUUCAACAUCUCUUGAAAUUUUCAUUCACUGCAUCCCUGAGGGGAAGGUUGUGACGAGUUUCAGUUUCUUUGAGUUUCUUUGGGGUCAGAUAACAGGCUGAAAAAGAGUGACCCCGAGUUAUAACGCUACAGCUGUCAUUCUGUUUCUCUUUUUUCCUUUUCUUCUCCGAUAAUGAACGCCCGAUCUCUCCGAGCUUUUCAUGUCUUUUGUGUCGCAUGUCGCUGGAGGAUAGUGACAAAAUGGAUAACUGACAACAAAAUGAUAAUAAUUUCACUUGUACUAUUCAUCAAAGGUUUUAUCGAACAGGAAGCAGUUGAAUUAUUUGUGAGGACUAAGAGAGCCAGAGUUUCAGUCUUGGUCUCUCGCCACUGACGAAGUAUAUUCAUGUCUGACUGCCUGAGUGGGUCAUUUGCUGGCUGCAGCAGAGGCUUCUCACCAAAAUUGAAAAAAUUGCAACUCGUUGACACCUAUGACACAGUGUACAGUUUAGAUUUCAAUCACUGUAAGAUUAUUUUGGAAAAAAAUACAAUAUAGACACGUUUAGUUCAAAUGUAAUGGUGUAAUUCUCAUAAGUUAAAGGGAUAUUCCGGUGUGAAAUUAAUUUAGGGUCAAACACACUGUAACACAGAGUUAGACACCCCCUCGAGAGAUGAAUGUUGCGAACCGCUUGCUUCUCUAGUUAUACCAACUUUAGUAACUACCGCACGAUAGCAAUACACCGGUCUGAGGAGCCACAAACAAACCUCAACCAAAAUGCCACUCUAUAGCCACAAAUAAUGCUCAGAACAACUUCAUCAACAGUACAUAUAGGGUCCCAGCCACAGCACUAGCAACCAAACAUCUUUUUAACUUUGCCUGAUUUCUUUAGCAAAGACACUAAACACAACUCACCCACUCUCUUCCAGCAGCCACUUGUUUGUAAGGAGACCUCGGACGAGUCGAUCAUCGACUGCAGCGGGGUGCUGCAGCUCAAGAAGGAACAUUUAUGAUCAUUUCCUCAUGGAAAUGCAAUCAGACCAAGGCGCUAAGGCAGAAGAACUACCAUGUCUGCAGUUCAAAAUGAUUAAGAUGAUGAUUAUUACUUCAAGGAAAUAAUAAAGAAAUGAUCAUAAAUUAGGGAUGGGUCCGAAUAUUCGGCGCCGAAAAUAUUCGGCCGAAAAGCAUCAAAAAUGAAUUUUCGGUUUUCGGCCGAAUAGAUGUUAUGGCCGAAAAAAAUUACCGAAUAGUGUGGAUAAACAUAUGUCUAGAAUGAACUCUCAAAAACGGAAAACGCAGACGGCGCUGUUUUCCCUGUUUUAGUGGCAUGUUGAUGACGUCAUCGGAACGCGACAAGAGGCAAGCCGGUGUUGUGCCGUAGAAAGCACCCCCGCUGUAGAAUGCACCCCCUGCCUCCCAUCCACUCGUUAGCUUCUUAAAGUGGAAGAAAAUGAUCUCAUAUUUUAAAAAACACGACUAUUUGAUCGUUACAACUUUCGUUCUGAUUUUAUAUGUCUCAAAAAUGCACAUACGGAGGUGUGCUUGGGUAUAUAAACUGUACAGUAAACUGUCAAGCUGGCAAACAUUAUAUUUUUCAAUCGCGCUCCCGUCGGGGGUGCAUUCUACGGCACAACACCGGCAUGCUGAUACGACGCACACGAUACGUGCAGCUGUCUUGGCUCGAAGCCGUUCAACCGGCAUGUCUGCGGUUUGGAAAUAUUUCGACAUAUCAGAGAAAGAUGGUCUGAUGGCAAUUUGUAAACUCUGCUCUGCUGAAGUGUCUCGAGGUGGUGUGACGGCAAAAACUUUCAGUACAUCGGGGCUAAUCAACCACUUGAGCGCUAAACAUAAGGACAAACAUGACGAGUUUAAGAAACUCACUGCACAAAAGUUUGCACAAUCGUAUGUGCAUGCAUGUAAGUGCAUUUAUUGUUGAAGGCCUCAGGCCUGGAUUUGUGUUUACUGUUGCACAAUCAUGUAUAUUCAUGCACGUACCUGCAUUUAUUUUAUUUAUUUUGCAUAUGUGCAUUUUAUUUUAUUUACUUUAGGCUAUCCAACAGGGAAAAUUGCACUUUUUUUGUAUUGUUAUUGCAAAGAUGUUAUUUACUUAAUUUUAUUUUAUUGAAUGUUAUUGUUAUAGCAUUGUUAUGUCAUGUGCUGAAGCUGAAUAAAUGUUUCAUGGUUCAAACAUAAAGUGAUUAAUAUUUAAGUUUGCCAGGUUUUGCCAUAAUCAGGUAGCUUUAAAACAAAUGUAUGGCAAUGACAGCAAUUGUACAAAAAUUGCUUGGUGAUAAAAAUUCAUAAUUUAUAUACAUAUUUAUUAAUCAUAUUCAGCUAUUCGGUAUUCGGUUAUUCGGCCAAGUGUUUCUAAUAUUCAGUAUUCGGUUUCGGCCAAGAUUUUCCCAUUCGGUCCAUCCCUAUCAUAAAUGUUCUUCCUUGAGCUGCGUCACCCCGCAGCAGUCGAUGGACUCGCCCAAGGUCUCACUACAAACAAGUGGCUGCUGGAAAAGAGAGUAGGUGAGUUGUGUUUAGUCUCUUUGCUAAAGAAAUAAGGCAAAGCUGUUUGAUGGUUAGUGCUAUGGCUAGGACCCUAUAUGUACUGUUGAUGAAGUUAGGUGCUGUUCUGAGCAUUAUUUGUGGCUAUAGAGUGGCGUUUUGGUUGAUGUUUGUGCUUGGCUCAUUAAACUGCUGUGUAUUGCUAUCGUGCGGUCAUUACUAAAGUUGGUAUGACUAGAGAAGCAAGUGGUAAGCAACAUUCAUCUUUCAGGGGGCUGUCUAACUCUGUGUUACGGUGUGUUUGACCCUAACUUAAUUUUAUUCCAGAAUAUCCCUUUAAGUAAACCAGGAUAGGAUUUAGAGCCCACCUGUAAAUGCAGUUAUGCCUCUUUCAUGUUUAACUCUUCAUUUAGCCAUCACUAAGCAUACUUACUGGACUGACAUCAGAGGUCAUGUCUGUGAUGAACGUUUUAUUACUGAUGUAGUUGUCUGGACUGUGAAUUUAUAUAGGGAUCAUAUCAAACAGAGCGGGGAGUAAUAUAUCUACUAGGUCGCUGCAGGUCAGGUUACUUUUCCAAAUGGGCUUUUAUCUAGAAAAAUCACUUCUCCUCUACCUUGGAAAAAGGUGGUUCAUCAGCCACUGUAAAUUCAGAGAUGUAAUCAAUAAUUGCUGCAGCUUUUGGGUUGUCUCCGGUAAAGUUUCUGCAGUUCUCAUGUUGAAUAAGUGGGACAGAAUUUCUUUUUAGUGCUUAUACCAGCUGCUUCCUAUUUCUUCAAUAUCUGUUAAAAAGUGAGGAAUUUUUCCGUCGCACCGAAUACUUGUGGCACAUGUUUUACAAGUUACAACAAAAAAACAGGUUUACUGUUCACUCCUUUUUCACACUCUCAUCACCUUUUUGCAGCUGUGUUUGGUCCUCUCUGCACAUGUCUAUGCUUACUAUGUAGGAAUAUGGAGACUUUUUCUACAAAUAAGGGCAUUUUUUAUUGGUUGUUUUCAUAUCUGGUAAUAAUAAAUACAAGUGGAAUAUUCCUGGCAGUGGCGUACUCAUGCUGUUUGAGGGGCAGGGGUGAACUAAAGGCACCUGCUGUAUGCUAUAGGGUAUAAGUGCGUAGAAGGUUGUGAUAGAUGAAGAUCUGUCUGUCUAAUAAUAAUAAUAAUAAUAAUAAUGAUAUCAACAAAUACAACAACAAUAAUAAUAGAAAAGUAAUUAUUGUUAUUAUUAUUAUUAUUAUUAUGACAACAACAACAAUAAUAAAAAUAACAAUAACAACAACUACAACAACAAUAGUAAUAAAAAAUAUUACCAUUUUGUUAUUAUCAUUACAACAACAACAACAAUAAUAAUAAUAAUAAUAACAAUAAUAAUAGUUUUAUUUAUAGAGCACCUUUAAAAAACAAGGGUUUAUAAAGUGCUUUGACAUUCAAACACAGGAACACACAAGAAUAAGCGAGGAGCCAAAAGCACAGAAGAGACACAGAGAAAGAAAAGACGAAUAAAAGAAAAGCUCAACAACAAAAUAAGAUAAAAUCUCAACCGCAAAAUAACCACAGCAGAGAGAAUAACUACAACAAACAGAGCCAGCAGCUGAGUAAAAUAGAAUGUAAAUAUAAUAAAAAGGCAUUAUGAAGGCCAUUUCAUAAGCUCUUUACUUUUACGUUUCUCUUUGGCAUUCUGUGAUCACGAGGUUGUUGCACAAUAGACCUGGUUCUGGCCUGUUAAAAAAACAGUGAGGGCAAGGAAAAUGUUUAUUUUUGGCAACCCUGGACAGUAGGCAGCCUGGAGGUUACAGAACAGGGAGAGUUUUCCAAACUUCUGAUACCCACAGCAGCAUGAGGUUAUUUAAGCAUUUAAUUCAAGGGAGUUCUGGGGGUUCCUGCAAACCUUUACAGUGUGAACUCUAAGGUUACCAAACAAUCAGGAAAUACAUUAUGCAGAACUAUUCUAGUUGUUUGUAGUCAUUCAGAUCAGAGAGCAGAACCCUCACUGUAGUCUGUCAUCCAUGUUUAAGUUAUAGAUUCAUUAUUUAGAGAACAUCAUUGUUUUUGUUCCUACUGUGCGCCAGGCUGGACUAACACACUGGAGCUUCAAGUGGACAAACAGUCUGAAGUGGGUCGAGAAUUCAGCUGAGACACUACAUGCUGAAUUUUGCAUAUUCCAAAAUAUUUUGCAGUCAACUUCCAGAGACUAAAUCUGGGACACUGGUUUAAUUAUUGCGCCGAAGCUCACUUCAUUUAAAGUCUUAACUCGCUAUAGUCGGCAGUGUGGUCUGCAGUAUGGAGUACAAGGAAUCAUCAUCACAUCGAUGUGCUUGAAUUAUGAAAGUCCUCCACCAUUGUUUUGUUUGAGACAGGGGAGACGCAGUCAUGCAGAAUGACAAUACUUUAACAUGUAGUAUUGUACAGUGUAAAGUAGAUGUGUUUUGUUUGUCUUGUUAUUUUAUCAGUGUUUGAAUCAGGGCUGAAUUUUUGCAGCAGGCAUACACUAAAAAGUCAAAGCAGCUCUGAUCCUUUUAGGUAAAAAGUGCUUUCUUUUGGGAGCACUUUUCAGGACCUGUUUAUAUGUACCCGGUUAUUUAAAAAAACUGAGACAUUAACCAUCAUUUGCACCCUUCAUUUCGACGCAAAUGGAGGAUUCGCCUCUGAAAAUGACGCUUUUCAAAAACUUUGUCCAGAGUGGAGAUUUUGGAAAACUCUGUUUGCACGUGUGCAUGUAAACAGAGAAAAACUGAGAUUUGUGUAGCCGAUGACGAUGGCAGAUUGUGCACAGGAAAAAAGGAAGGGGCGUUGUUGUUGCUGCUAUACGGGUUUUGAUUGGCUAACGGGGCUUGAGCUUCUUGUUACAAGGCCACCCACAUGUUUGAUACGCUCUUGACGGCAUAUAUACACAGGUUAAUGUAAACAAAAACUAUUCUGAUAACGUACUGGUAUGCACACAUUUUUUUUUGUAAAUGCAGAUGAAAUGUCUGUCUAUAAAAAUAGCCGGGCACGUGUAAACAUAGUCUUAGUUUCACCACAUUUUUAGCAUUUGCUCAAUAAUUAGGAUUAAACUUUCUAAUUUUUGAUUUUGUGAAGAUUAUUUGUCAAAUCUUUGCUUGUUUAACACAUGACUGGUCAGACUGCCAAAGCACAAUAUGUCCUGCUACGAGAGGGAAAAACACGAAACAUUAAAUGUCACGCUUGUCCGCUUUAAGUUGUGGAUUUACAUACAGUAAUGGUGUUAUACAUCGUAAAAGUGCAUCUUUUUAUAUUUCAAUAACCAUGCUUUGACAUGCUUGACAGCAAUACACUGUAUAGGAAAACAGCAGCAGAGAGAGCAGCCUAAUAAUACACCGAGAAGAGCCAUCAUCUUUGACAACGUCACAGCAGAAACUCGAAGUGCCUCACAAAAGCAGUAUGUUGUGUUUUGCAGAGAUCAACAUUUCUGUAUUUCUUUACAUGCCUCCUGUGCCUCAACAUAAAUUAUGUACCUCAUAUCUGCACUACUUUCCUGGAUCCUUAGUUACCCUCCUGCACCCUGCUGUGCCUGAGAGUAACAGCACACCUGGUGAGGGACAUUCAACAAACAGCAAGAGAAGGAAUUUAAUAGUGGUCUCAACUCAUUAUUUCUCCUCUUUUUUAAGAAUAUAUCUCUAGAAAUGACACUGUAUUUUGUUUUAUUGAGAUAGCACUUGUGUAGUUGUUUGUAAGACUGACUGACUGACUGGUGGGAGCUGAGCAGAGGCAGAGAGAGAUGGACUGACAGCAAGGAGGAGAGAGAGGGGGAAAAAAAGAGGGAGAGGCAUCGGGAUGAAUUUCAAUGUCUUGUGGCCCAAUUUGCAGGGAAUUGAUAAACCGCUGCAUCCCGAGCAUCCUGAUCCCCAAACUGCAGAGCUCAGCUGCUGUAUGCGCUGCAUGGUGAUACUGCAUUGUGAUCUCCGGGACAGAGCAGCUUUCUUUGUCUGCAAUCUUGUUUGGUGGAAGUUUGAUUCUGUCCCUGAGUGUGUUCCUCGGCCGGCUUUCUUGGGGGAAAAAAAAACAGAGUGCAUGAUGUCUCAAACCUGUCAACAAACCCUAACUAGAGAAGAGAAAGAGGGAAAGUUUGUCCUGCUAUGGGAUGUAUGCAGAGUUUCAUCCUCUCUCCUGUUGGAGUUUGGGUCUAUGAGGAGCGUAAACCUUUUCAUAAUCUGUCAUCAUUUUUCUCUUUUUACCCUUAACCCACUCUGAAGCUAGGCAGUUUCUCCAAAAGUACUCAUCCAGAGCCUUUUGUUUUUACAGUUAUGGCCUUUUUUUUUGCUGAUGUUACACCUCUUUGUUUGCAUGAAGUAUCGUUCACGAUUUGUCGUCACAAAAUGAAGGUGAAGGUGAUGGAGGUCAAACGUCUGGUGUGUGGAUUAGUGGCUUUAGUUGUCGUCUUUUUUAAUGAAAUAGGAUUCUCGUUUUAAUUCUUCAACUAGUUUCAUGCUGACGGGUUGCUACAGGGUGUUCCUCUGUGAUCUAAAGUUAGAAAAGAAAAAUGUCUGCAAAGAGAAUUCAGUCGGAAUAAGUGAGCACUUGUUUAAUCACCACUCAUUUUUUCUGAUUCAAACUCUAAUUGCAUUAGUAGUUUUAAUCUGAUCAGUCUGUCUGUUUGAGUCAUAUUACUGCAAAGAGGCAGUUUUCUAAUUCUGAUCUGAUUAGAAGUGGCCAUUAAGACAAGAGAUGGACCAUUUAUGUCGUCAGUUUGCUUAUUAAUGGCAUUUGACUCAAUCUGCAUCAUAUCAGCGUUGACCCUCACGAGACUGAUAUCACCGUCACCUUCUCCAUUGAAGACACAUUUUCUCAUCACCCAUGAACAGCACAUUAAAUCUAAAACAGUCAUUGACAAGUGUUUUCAUUUAAAUUCAGUUAUGAUGUGCAGAAUAAUGCAGUUAAGUAUCAACAGCAGUAUCAGCCUAACCUGAAAUCUUUGUCUUUCCACUGAUUUAUUCAAAAUCCAUCUAAGACAAUUUACUAGCUAAGGUAGCCCUGUGUAUUUGAUUUUAAUGUGCAUGGAAUAAUGAAUCCAUGCAUGACUGCCUCUUUUUAUUUCAACCUCACCAUUCAACUUAAUAAUAAUAAUAAUAAUCAAUAUCUUUCUGAAAUAAAAAAAAUUAGAUUGCUGGUAAAAUCCCAAAAGUCCUUUGUGAUAAUAUUUUACUGACGCAAAUAUCACUCCAUCUACAUUUAUUUGGCAAAAUGUUCAUUUGAGCUCAAUUAUUUUGUUUUUUAUUUGUUAGUGUUAUUGAUAUCGAUAUUCAUUCAAGGUAAAUCUCUGGUGGACUGUAGACAGGAGGUGGACAAGCAGUAUGACAGAUUGUCUUCUCCCUCUUUUGGAUUUUACCUAGACUCUUACUUUGUAGAGCAGGGGUGUCAAACUCAACCACAGCAAGGGCCAUAAUCUGGAUUAGAGUCUAACCUGAGGGCCCAACAGGGUCAACAUUUCACCCAAACCGUCAACCUCCUUUUCAAAAUAUACAUAUUAAAAUCAGCGAUGAUUAUAAACCACUUGGAAAUUCAAAUAGUGAAAAAGAUACAUUUAAAGGCAAUCUGAGAUUUUAAAAAAUCCAAUAGAUUAGUUCAAAAGAUCAGAAGAACACAAUAUUAAAAAUAGAAAAAUAAUGCUUUUAAAGAGCAAAUACAUGAGGAGAACAUUGAAAUCAUAAGUUUGAAAGGUCAAAAUAUGAGAUCAUUUAGAAAUCAAGAGUUUAAAGUCAAAAUAUGACUUAAAAUAGGAAUCUAAAGGAUUAAAAUGACAUAAAUCUAAAUACUGAAUUUAAAAAAAUCAAAGCAUGAAAUAAAAAGUCAAAUCAUGUUUGACUUGUAAUCUUGAGAUGCAAAAUUGGAAAUAUGGAUAAAACACAUUUUUUCCCCACAUUUUUGACUGUUUAUCAAAUCUUCCUUACUCUUUACUUAACCAGAUUUUCAUGGUUUAUUAAGGACAUUUUAAAUAAUGGUAAAUAAAGUUUACAUUAUCAUCCUGGAGGAAAUCUGCAGACCUCAUACUGGUGGGCCAAUAAUAACACAAAUAUGAUAUAAUCUCGUGGGCCAGAUGUAAUUGUUCCACGGGCCAGAUUUGAGUUUGACACCAGUGUUGUAGAGCCUGUACCUGCUUGAAUGAAGUUGGAUGACGCCCCUCCUACUGCAAAUGCAAUCUAAAGCACAUCUACAACCAAUAACACAUCUUGCACCGACAGAUUCUAGUUUUUAAAAUUGAAUCUUUCAACACAGUUUACAGUGACAACCACCCAGAAAUUACACCACGACAGAAAGAUUUCCGCCCAACACACACCACCACCCACUUCAUAAAUGGAGUAUUUCUAGUGAGCAUGUGAAUGAUGGUGGAAAAUCUCUAAUAGGAAUGGGACAUCUGUGAAGAAGCAAGUCUGGACAUUGCUCGGGCACAAAUGUCCUGAAUUUGUCUAUUUUGAAAGCGGCUGUGUAGAGCCUCUCAGUUCAUUGACACAGAGAGCAGAUCAAAAUGCAACAUGAUGCUACAAUCAUUCACAAAAACAGACACUGUCAAGUAGAAGUGGGCUGCUAUGCUAGUGAACUGGUUACAACAAAUACUGUACAUCUCCCAUUACAGUAAUAUUUGCAUAUGAUUAGGAAGCCAACAUUGAUUAUUCCUUAUAUAGAACAUGAACUACCACACAAAUAUGACUGUACCAAACAAGCAAUCGAUAUAGAAAAAAAAUCACUGCAACAUUUCUAGUUUGCGCUUACGAAGAUGUGAUGACCAGUUUUAGAUCUCAAGAAGAUCGGCCUUAAAAUUCAGAAUGUAAACAUGUGUGUGUCUGUGUUGCCAAGGAUGCUCUGCUCUCAUUAUUUGAUCCAUAUCCAACUCUCUGCGGGCCUUCACUGCUAAAAGGUUCUAUUUCUGGCACCAACUCGUUGUUCCUCAUGAAACCACGUUGCUCGAGCAUCCUGUUGGCAGACACUGAGCUCUCGCAGAGCUGUGGGCUGCGGUCCCUGCUUAUGACCUUUUGACGUGCAUCGUACCAUUGUAUACGCGCGCACGCACGCACACACACAAAAGAAAAAGCAGGAACUGGAUCCUUGUUCGAAACGAAGGCGGGAUGGGAGGCAUCAGAUGUAGAUGGAGGAGGAGAGAUUCUAUCUGAGGGAUGCAGAUAAGAAGGAGAAAUAAAGAUGAGUGAAGGAGAACAAGAUGGAGGUUGUGCAUCAGAGGGGCUGAAAAAGAGAAGGAGAAAGACAAGAGACAGAGUGUGUGGCGUGCUUGUUUUCUGCUGAUACAGAUCAGAUUUCAUAAAGAUCCACAUGAUUGCCUCAUAACAAGGGGGAUGCAGGGAGGAAUGAGGAGGAGAGAUGAGGCGGAGGCAGGCAGACGCAGGAUGAAACUGAUAAAUAGCUGCUUGCCCUCCCCACAGCUGCUUUCUUUGUUUUUUUUUCUAGUUUUUUCUUUAAUAUGAUUAUCCUAACUGUAAUCUGGGAUAAAAACUCCAAGGACAAUAACAAAGGUGGAAGGAGAUGUUUCUUUUUGUUUGUCCUUGUUUUGAUGGAGGGGCCCGUGCUGGGUGGUGUUGGCUUAUUCCUCCGUCAAUAUUACUCCUGACUGUCCCCCUGACUUCUCAGUUUCCCUGAUUGACAGUGAAAACCACAGCCUCAUCGCUGCUGCUGCUGAGGACUGGCAGGGGGCCAAACACAAGGCUUAGAUUGUGCUGAGACUGUGACUUACUCCGUCUCUACUGACUUACUGAAUGACUGACCGACUGAAUGGCUGACUUAAAAACCCACUGAGAACAACUGGAAGGCAGGUGGAGUGGGCCCGUGAACAUUUUCAAGAAGUGAACUCCAAAUACUGAAUGAAAAUCUCAGAACAGAGAACAGGAGGACAGAUGCUGUUAAAAUAUACAAGUAUUUUUAAGAUGAUAACUCAAUUGUUGCAUCAAAACACUUGGCAGGAGACAACAUGGAUAUUCUGCUGAAACUUGUGUGUUCCUCCUCGCUAGUUAUGUCACACUCUUACAGCUGAUCAUUGUACAUAUGAAAAGAAUCGAACAACAGAAGCUGAUGUUUGCCGCACAGCAUCACGAAGCAAAGAGAGAAAGAGAGAGAGCUGAGGAGGAGGAGGAGAAGAGAGAGAACUGUUAACACUAGUCAUGCUCAAGCAAGAUGAUGCUGGUUUUAAACCUGACUGUUGCCAAGCAACCCAAACAUUCUUCUAAAAGAGUUGUCCUGAUUGGCUAGUUUAAUGUAAUGCUGCGCCCCAGUUACCUCGGAAGUCGGAUAUCAGAGGUAGGAUUGACGUCACACCCAAGUUACCAGCGUUUCAGUUACCAAGAUGGAAAACCAAGAUGGACGCCUACAUUAGCCGUUGUUAGCCAUUGUUAGCUGUUGUUUACAAUUGUCAGCUGUUGUUAGAUGUUGUCAGUUGUUGUUAGCGGUUGUUGUUGGCGAUACCAGUUGUAAACAACACGUAAUGCAGUAUUUUACUCUACAAACACUAUAGCACCGUGUUUACAGUUAGACGUUGGGCAGUAAAACAUAUACCACUUACUUAAUUUAACAAAAACAAAACAGAGGUGCUAAUUAAUUUUACACUACGAUAGCUGUCACUGUUGCUCUUUACUGUUGAUGCACUGCGCUGACAUCUUGGAUUAUGACGUUGUCAUCAAGUCAGGCUUGGAGAGGAUGGUCCGACUUUCCGAAUUGGAAAUCCAACUUCAGUGGUGCAUUCCAGAUGAAUUUCCGACUUGGAGCUCAGAAAUUCCGACUUCUGAGUAUAACUGGAACGCAGCAUAAGUAAUGCCCACUUUUUUUGUUUGUUUAAGCCUCUUAUAUGAUUGAACCUCUAAUAAGUCAAUAAACUAACCUUUCUAGCAAAAUGAACACUCUGGCAUUGAUCAUCAUGACAUGAAUCAACAUAUAUAACAGAAGGCAUGUUUGAGAAAAAUAGUUCGCCAUUCCCCAUCUGUUUACUUCAAAGAGGCGGGGCUUAUGAUUAAUGUUGCAGCCAGUCAAGUAAGGAGCUUCAAAUUAUUAUAGCCUCACAGUUUACAGUCUGUACACACCUGCAGAGUGUACAGACCAUACAUACUAUGCUAACAUUGUUAGCGGUAUGUUGUCUUAGCCUGGUGUCUGGAAAUGCUGCAUUAGCAGUGGUUGCUUAUGAAAGGGGCUCUGGACCUACAAAUAGAUUAACCCAGCGUGUGAGCCGGCACAUGGCAACAGUAAUGUGAACAGACAGUGAAAUCCAGAGGAAAAACAUAAAUUUCUCACCGCUGAAUGCUUCUUGUUUUAAUGGCCGCCAUAUCAGGUCCUGUGGAAGCUGGUCCUGGUUGUGAACAAACACCCUGAAGUGGUGUUCCUGCAUUGUCGUCUUAAGUAAAGGAUUGUGAUUAGUCUGGUAUCUGACACAAAGAGAAAACGUUUAGAGUGGCAGCUGUUCCAGACCCUUCAGCCACCAAAAGUAAACAUAAGCUGGCUGAAGGGUCUGGCAACACCAAGCGAAUGGUUCCCUGCUUGAGGAUAGAGGAAGUGAGGUUUUUUCAAGGACAUGCCACUACUCUUCAACAAGAGAAGGUCCAGUUCAAAGAGGAUGUGGCUGUCGUGAAGCGCAACAUCUACCUUAAUAACACCGUUUCCCUUAAUUUCAAGUCUGAGGCACUUGUGACUCUUCACUUCAGGCAUUCAUCCUUUAAUUUCUGUUGUUGCCCUUUAUUCAUGAAUGUUAAGGAAGAUUUUGUUAAGCAUUCACUAAAAAACUAGAGAAACAGGACACUCAUAGAGGAAGUAGUGCGAGAAGUAGCAAGAAGUAUUAAUGGUAUAAUCAAAAUUGAAGUCUCCCUCCAAACUAAUUGUUAAUAAUUUAAUGAAGUUAAUCACUUAAACUCCACUCCACUCUGUAAUGGUUUGAGGCAAGUUUGGCAUAAUAACUGCACAUAAUAAUAACAAGACUAACGCUGGCCAACAAAAGUAUUUUCCAUAAAGGAUUAUUAUUUGAAAAAAGCUGAGAAAUGACUUAACUUGCCAACACAAACUCCACUGUAGAAUCGAAUACCAGUUUUAUCAGUUUAGUAAAGUUUGAUGCAGGAAGACAGUAUCGGGAAACAUUUUUAUGAUCAUAAAAUAGAAAGAUGCAGGGGGUCACCUCGUUUUUCUAGGGGGAAUCUGAAGGCUUUUAUCUCAUCAGCUCAUUAUUUCCUCAACCAAAGGAAAGCAGUCAAAAGAAAGCGCUAUAGCAGGCCUACGGUAUAUGAAAAGGAGAGCAGAACAGUAAUGAUGGCGGGGAUUCAGAGGUCUAUGAUAGCAGUUCUCUACACUUCUGAAUAUGCCAGCGCUCUCUUUGGCUGUUCGAGGAUGCCAAAUAUGACAAGUACAUCUCCAUGUCAGGACUUCUACCACUGAGACCUGCGAAAUGAGCCUGUUCCAGACCUCUCAAUCACCCCCCACUUCUUCAUGUCCUCCAUAAUUCAAAUUAAGACAAUUAUUCAUGAGUAAUGAAGUGAAACGAAGUGGCAGCUCAGUCUGAUUAUAAAGCUUAGGCAAAAUGAGGUGUUACCUGUCAGGGUUAAGUAACUGUUUAGGGUAGAAAUGUACAAAAUCUUUAUGCCAGACCAUGGCAGUGAGUCAGCAUUUUUGCCAGGUGUGGAGUAAUACUACACUUUAGGUUCAGUGACUCAUACUACUGGAGCUGAACUGUGAAAUGACAGCGAGCCGUGAUAGCGUUUGCGGUUGUAUUUGGGAGAUUGAGUACGGAGCAGUAUACUUUCCUCGUAGAUCUUAAUGAAAACAUACAAAAACAAUCACAAAUGAGGAAAUUUGCAGUAUUCAGCACAUUUCACAAAUAUUGGAUCAAAACAACAUUAGAUAACCUUUUAACCCUCCUCCUGUGUUUUGACUUUGUCAGUAACCCCUAUUUCAACAAAAUAAAACAAAAAAUUUAAUUGACUAAAUUAUAAAAUGCUUUUAUUAAAAUUAUGGCGCUUGUCGUGUUAGGGUCACUGUUGACCUGGUUAGAUCAAUAUCUAAUUAUCAAGGGAAAAACUGAAAUCAUCAUAAGUGAACUGUCAGGCACCACACUGACAGUCAGAUCCUCUUCCAAUCAUGUGAGAUUUAGGAAAUUCUCAUAUUGCCAUGUUUUUCCCUGCACAAAAGACAACGUCGGGCAUGUCCAGACAUGUGAGAUCAGUUCAGUAUAGAUGUCUGUAUGAGGGGUAAACUGACAUAGAAAGGCCCAGAGGACCACAACAAAAAAUAUUAUAAGCAAUAUUUUCAUGGAUAAUGAAGCUUAACAAGUUAAACUAGAGAUGAGAACCAAAUUGGAUGAUAGAGAAUUGUUUUUAGUGUAAUUUACAGCUGAUUUAAGACACGGGUCAAAACCGACCCUGAACAUGGUGGGUGCGUAGUGAAAGCUAACACAGGAGGAAGGUUAAAGCACUUCUGUACGGUGGCCCUGAGGUGCAAAACACAACAGAAAAAGAGAAAACACAAUGGCAAAUCAGAAAACACAAUGUUAAAGCCGAAUAUGUAACACUGACCCGAAAUGUUGUAUUAAAAAAUGUAAUAAAGCCAGAAAUGUAAUAAUUUGUCAAUAAUUUAACAAAAGUAGGCAACACUUUACAAUAACCAUAAUAUAUAAAUGGUCUAUUCACCAUUUAUGAGUUAUGGUUAUUGUAAAGUGUUACUCAAAAGUGUCGACCCGAGAUGUAAUAAAAAUGAUGUAAUAAAACCCAUAAUGUAAUAAUUGACCCAAACAUCAUCUCAACAUCUUGUUACAUUAUGACCAGUUAUUACAUUUUGGGUUUUUUAAUUUUUUUUCUAUUACAUUUUGAGUCAUUGUUACAUAUCAGGUUCUAACAAGGCAUGUAAAUGGUAGUUAGUUUUCUUCUACUGAAGUUGGACAUUUUUGUGUUUUAAAAAUCUUUUUUAAUAAUCUUAAAGUAUAUCCUCAGAAAGCUACACAAGCUUUAAAUUAAAAUUAAAACAAGAGAAUGAUUUGAAAUAUUUCAUGUGACAUCCAAUGAAUAUAACAGAUAUGUGAGUAAAUAAAAUAAUAAAAAAUAAACUUUUCACAAUAUUCAUCAUGAGGGAAAGGUCUCAAAAUAGAAUAAGAACUUUAGAUUUAGAAUAAGAAUAGAAUUAUGAAAAUAUCUUAAAUAUUAUCUUAAAUAAUAUUAAAUAUAUUAAAUAUCUUGAAUAUUAUUAAAUAUUAUAUUAUGAAUGUAUCUUUAAAAAUCUUAUUCUAUUUAGAAAUACAAUAAGAAUAAGUAGAUUUAGAAUAAUUUAGAAUAAUAAGAAUUUUAUCUAAAUUUGUAUUAUUACUUACGUGUAUAUUACAACAUCCUAAAACUACCUCUUCAGUGGGGCAGUGUUGCUGUAGGAAGUAAAAGAAAUGAUGGAGUGUAGACACUGCUGCUUGUGGCAGAGGUGAAAGGAUGAAUAGAAUUGUUGGACAUGAGGAUGGAUGUGUUGUGAAGCGGGACUUGUAAUAAGCUUGGUGAAAGGACCCUUGGGCGCUGACUGUGAUUAGGUGCAUGUUGUGUGUAGGAGGGUUGCAUUGAUUUGACAGCAACAGCAAGUGACAGCGGCAGAGAAAGACCAUUUUAAACCUUGACAGUGAUGAGAUGAUUUGCUCUCAGAGUUUGUGACUACAUGUGAUCGGUUUAAGUGAAAGAGUGAAACCCCCAAAACACAGCUAAAGAAAGAGAGAGACUGUAAAUGAAUGAGUGAGUGAAUUUAUGGGAAAGUUAAUUUGAGAGGAUUUUUUUUUUUUUAACGUGUAACAACACUUGAAACAUACUAGAGUAAUGAACUGGGCACCAGUGGCCUUGUUGUUUGAGCACACGCCCCAAUUACAGAGGCGUUGGUCCUCAUUGCAGUGGUCUCUAUUUUUACACCAGACCAUGACCCUUUCUUGCUUGUUUGGAAAGAGGGAUAGAGGGAGACGCAAAAAGAGAGACACGGAUAGACACAAACAAAAACAACUGCACAUAUACACUAAUGAUUAUGCUGCCAAUAAUAACAUUAAAAGCAAAUUCUAUCUGCAGGAAUCGCAAAUUUAAUAACAUUAGAUAUUAAUAUUGAAGGUCUAGUGGUAGGGUUUAUAAAAUGGAGGAAUGUUAAUAUCUAUUGAAGUAGUUGGUUUCAAGCUGUCCUGAAGUUAGCAUUAGCAUUACAACAUGGUGAGACUGAUAACAGCUGACGUAUUCAGAGUCAGGCAGGUCUGUCAGCAGCUGGUUGUCUGCAGAAACAAUCUUGAAGUCGAGGGAGCUCAAGGAUUCCCCAAAAGCUUGUAACUCUCGUAGGUCAUGGAGGUUUAAGGAUUCAAAGUAGAGGACAUGCAGACCCGGUCAUGUCAAUAACCAGUUGUUAUUGACAUGAAGAUGAUCCUCCUGGUGGUUUUGCAACUUUUUUAGUUUUUUAUUGUCAAUAUCUCAUUUUCUCAAACCUGUUAUGAGCAUCACAUUUUUAAAUGAGCAAAUAAAUUAUGUGAUUUGAUGUCAGUGUACUGUUGCCGGUCGAUUACAGGGUAAAAAAUUAUUUUCAAACCGAUAAGAAUCUGUUUUCUCAACAUUAAACGUCAUGUUCCACCUAUUUGGGAAUUAGGGUAAGAAAAUAACCAAAAAAAGAAGAACAAAACAGAAAUUAUCUCUAGCACAAAAACAGUUAAAUGACUUGUAGUACCUUCUAAACCUUGUGUAUGUGUGUGUUUGUGUUGUGUGUUUAUACGUGUUUACUUGUAAUUUGUCUGUCUGCGAGCUUGUGUGUGAAUCAAUCACCCUUCGCCCGAGGCCUGCAGAGACAUUUGCGUCCACUGCAGAAGCAAAGAGAUCUGUCAGUAUUUUCACUCUGGCUUUGGCAGCAUUGAAAACUUUCACUUCAGUCGAGCCAACACCUUUACUAACUUCAAGGGAAUUUCUUACUUUAAGGUGUAGAGGAAAAACAGCCGGUGUCCGGGCUUUCCACCUCGCUCUUUGUGCCCGAGACCUCCAACCCUCACACAACCUUUCCCUGACUGCAUUUAUAAUGCAUUAAGGCAUUAUGUAAUGACUACAAAUCCACAACAGCUACAAUGGUGUGGCAGCUGUCAGAGCACCGGGAUGCCAAUUACCAUGUAUGGCCUUGUGCCACAAUUAGAGCCUCUUUUGAACUUUCACCAUCUUAUGUGCGUAAACAGAGACAAAUGAAAACAACAAGGAAGAUAAGAGGGGUAAAAAAAAAAAGAGAAAAAGAAAUAACAACAGGAGAAGAGGAGAGGAGCAUGGUUGGAGGAGUUUUAUGAGGAGAGGAACAUGUUUUGUAUUAAUAGGGAUAUCUAGGAAAGCAAAAAGAAAAUAGACACAAAAAUAAAGGACAGUCAUACAUCACUGGAGAGUUCACUCCAGCUGGUACAUUUUCCUCCCACACAUUUGUUUCUGGUUAAUAAUGUUUACAGAUAAAUGGACGCUCAGUGUCGCUGAGAUCAAUCCUUCCUUGUUUAGAUAUUUUAAAUCAUUUACACUUCUUUUAUGCACAAAUUUUCAAUACACAAAUUUUCUCUAUUCAGAGCAGACUUGGGCUGUCCCAGAAUACAAUGGGGGGGUUAGGUGAAGCGGCCAGUCUGACAUAUAUAACAGACCAACAGACUCAUGGUCACACACCCCCAAAGGCAGUUUUUGGGUCAUGGCAUUGCAUCUUUUUUGAACAAUGGAAAAAAAUGGAGCACCCCAUAGAAAACUAUGGGGGAUGUAGAGGGUAAAUAAAAACCCCUCACCCAUGUUAGCAUAGCUUGGCACACAUUAUGAAACGAGACAAAACAGCUUGUUUUUUUAGUGCGCUCCAUGUUUGGGAAUCAUGAUCCCUGCAGUGGUAGCAGGUUCGGUAGUCUAGCCCCAACCAUGUGCUGCAUGUCCUUCCCUCCAUCUCUCCACAUUUCACUCUAUCAUAUCAAUAAAAGGCAAAAAUCGCCCAAAAAGGGGGCACGCAGAUGGCCUAGCGGGUUACUGCGCCCCUACUUAUGGGCACCGUGGCCCCCGCAGUGGUCGCAGGCUCGAGCCUGAACCCAACCAUGUGCUGCAUGUCCUCCCCCCUCUUUCUCUAUUUCCCCCAUACUUUCAACCUGUCCUAUCAAAAACUCACCAAAAAAAAAAUUGCCAAAAAAUGGCGGAAAAAAAACGCUUGUUUUGCUUCACACAAAAAUAACAAAAAUUCUGCUUGAACUCACUUAUUAGCAUAUUUUUAUUGACUGUUAAUCAGUAUAAAGGGGUUUCAGUGUGAGUUAUAUGAUUGUCUGUUUCUCAGCAGGUAGCAGGUUAAAUGUAGACUGGGUAUUGUUUUACUUUGACCCAACACUCAGCACGAAUCAAAGUUUAUUUUAGAUUAUAUUUUAGGAUUUUUCUUGUAUUGAAAAAGCAGAAUUAGCAGUCACAUCAUUCAUUUGUUCAUGUGUUGAUGUUUCUCCUCCUCAGGUUCAGGAGUGGCUCUGUCUGAACUGUCAGAUGCAGAGAGCGUUGGGGAUGGACAUGACCACACCACGCUCCAAGAGUCAGCAGCAGAUACACUCUCCUUCUCAAACGGCCAAACCAGAACUCAAAGCUGAUGCUCCGACUCAACCUGCACCCCAAACACAGCCCCCUCCUCAAACUCAUCCCCCUCCUCAAACUCAACCCCCUCCUCAGACUCAGCCCACUCCCCAGAAACAGCCUCUAGUCCAGGGCCAUCCUGCACCUGGCCCAGCAAAACAGGCUGGCCCAGCCGGCCCAGGCCAGCAACAAAUUAAGCUUCCUCCAGGGUCUGUUCCCCUUCCCGGCAUGGCUAAGGCCCCAUCCCAGCCUGAUCUGUCCCGCAACUCCCCAGCCCACCAACCCCACCACCCUCGCCAGGACCAGACUCGCAGUGCUGGGAGCUCCCCCUCACGGCAACCUCCUCCUCCAGAGCAGACUUUUGGAAAGCUGUUUGGCUUCGGUGCCUCUCUCCUUAACCAGGCCAGCACUCUAAUAUCAGAGACUACACAACCCCAACAACAGCCCCCAAAACCUGCCCCAAAACCAGGAGGACCUCCUGGUCCAGGGCCUGGGGCAGCUAAACCCUCAGGACCUCUGCCUGCACAGCAAGGGCCUCGAACUCUUACCCAGCAGCAAAAUCUGCAUGCUCCCCCAGAUUCCUCGAAACCCAAGGCCUGUUGUCCUCUCUGCAAGACCAACCUUAAUAUUGGCAACACAGCGGAACAACCCAACUACAACACCUGCACACAGUGCCACCAGCAGGUGUGCAACAUGUGCGGAUUCAAUCCCACGCCACACCUAGUCGAGGUAAGUCUCUGUCCGGGUCUGUUCUGCUUUUAACUGUGUGAAACAAAGACUCAGCGGGGCUCAAAUGGCUUGUAGACCAUGAAAAUCGCAGAAAGAAAUGAUAUAUUGACAUGUUUCUGUGAAAAAUGCUGUGUCAUUGUGCUGCCGAAUGGGUUUGUUUGUGAUUUAUUCGGGGCUGGCUGGUCAUUUUACAGCAGAUUUCUGUGUGAAUGAAUCAAAUAUUCAGCUUUGGGUUUUUCUUUUAAAUGAAAAAUGAUUUUUAGGUUUUUUUUCUAGAUUCUCUCUUUGUGCUUGUCUUGUUGUCGCUUGAUAUUUUCAAGAACAAUCACGUUUAAAUAUGUCCUACUGUUUGCCUCUGAGAAAUCAGUGUAUAGUUUUAGAUCAUUCAACGCAGGGGACACCUAUGGAAAGGAUUUCAACAGCUUCUGGUUGAUAUUUUGAUUUCUAGGCUGCAGUUUCUGUCUGAAGCUUGUACACAUGAUGUUUUAUGUAAGCCUGCAAGCUUGGACUCUUCCCCAGCCUGUUUCUCUCUCUCUCUCUCUCUCUCUCUCUCUCUCUCUCUUUCUCUCCCCCUCUCUCUCUCUCUCUCUCUAUCUCUCAGUGUGGACCAGCUCUGUUGUGCUCAGUCUGGGCCUUUCAUGUAGUUAGCAGAUUGAAGUCCAGGCUGUGACUCAACCUAUCAAUGAGUGUGUUCGCCUGGAGCCGCGCAGAAAUAUAUGACCAAUCUCCAGGAAACAGAGCUUUAUCAAGUCCAAUUAAUGCCUAAUCUAAGUAUUGAUUAAGCUCAUUCAGAGGUCAAGUGUGGGUGUUCCUCCCUGAAGUGUCCCCCUGUCCUCUGUCAUCCGUCGGGUAAGAGCAGGGAUUCACAGUGCCUUCCAGAGCGCAGCAGUAACAGAGUUUAAUUAUGCAAAUCAAGUCCAAUUGAAUGAUAGCAGUAAUAACAGGCUUUCUGCAGAGUUCUGCCUUUUAUGGGUGAGCCUUGUCUUCCCAGGCAUCUGGUUGUCACAGGCACUAGCACAGGCCAUUCACAGAUCGCUAUGGAAACAGAGUAAUAAUUUGUUUGUCAGCCAUCCCUUUCAUGCUUGGCUGCAGAGAUGGUGUGGGUCCUCAAAAAGUUUUCAGACUGUUGUUGUUCCGUUUGCACGACAGAGACUCCAUCAUUAGGCGUGUUGAGUUUCUGCUCUGCCGCCUGCAUUUUUCUCCUCAAUCCAACAUAAGGUGCAUUCUUUCCAAACCUGCGAACAGUUCUUGUCAUCAGUCCAUGUGAGCUGGCAGGUUGAUUGUAUUUUGGAGUGGGUGAGAACCAUUUGGACAUGGUGUGAGGCUUUGUACUUUGAAUCUAGGUGCCUCGGCUUGAUUUCCACAGCUUGUUCGGCAACGUGUUCCUCUUUAUUCUCUUCUAGUGUCUCCAAACUUUUCUCAGUUUCUCUGUUUAUGCUUCGUCACCGUCUUGUUCUGGCAGCUGCAGGCGUAAAUGUAAUCAUUGUUAUAAUGAGGGUGUGGUGACAAAGCCUGUAGGUGCAUCAAUUUUUCAUAAAUCAAUGCUCUACUCUAAUUGAGUUUAUUGGGCAUGCUUGAGACUGUUUGAUCUUGUUAAUUUUUGGACCACCCAGUUGCAAACAGACAUGAGCAAUUAUUUUUAAAAUCAAAAUAUCUACUGAAAGUACUAAAAACUGACAACAUUUGAGUUUGUUUUGUUUUGUUUAACACAAGCGUAAGUAAUGUUUUCACAGAGCAGGGACCCUAAGUCUUAAACAAGGUCAUCAAGCACAGGUUUUUGUUUGAUUCAUGAAGUGGAUUCUGCAGUAGUUACAGCAGGUUGUGGCAACUAAAAAUAAACUCGGCCCAUUUUUACAUAAGAACGUGUCACCCAAUGUAGGUUGUUGUUUGUUUUUGGAUGACAGUGUCAGCACAUGGCAAUAAGAAAGGCAGUACCUCAGGCUUUUGCUACACUGGCAGCUCUUGUUAGUAAAGUAAACUUACAAGUAUUUUUAUUGACACGGAACAGUUGAAGGUAAAAAGACCAGCCCAGGACUUCUCCUUCAUGGUUCAGUUGUUAGUUAGUUUGUUUUUUUUAAAAACAGUUCAAACAAAUUUUACUUGCAUUUUGGUUUUUAUCAUAGACUGUAAUGGAUGCCGUCUGCCUCCUCGCUGGGUGAAGCCACCCCGAGAAGAACAGCACCCUCUGGUAACGGGCUGCAGUAUAGGUCAUAAAUCCUUCCUCCAGCAAUCCCUAUGGAGCUGUGGACAAACUUAAAAAAUUUAUUACACAGAAUAUACAUUUUUCUCCCCCCUGCUUGACAUGUAGAAGACUAGCUUUUGCUCAAGUCCUCUUUUUUCUGUACAGCCCCAUUUUUAAAAGUUAUAAGGGGGUUCAAGUUUUCUAUGAUUGACACUUGAUAAUAACCAUGCAUAGCGUCUGUGACAUCACCCAUUUGUUUCUGAAGGAGAGUUUAAAGCCAAUGAGCAGCAGUCGGCAUAAUGGAAAUGCUGACUCAACCUAGCUUUUGGUCAGUUUAACAGAAUACGGCCUUGCAGUCAAGUCAGUCAUGCCUCUGAUUCACCGAUCUUGUAACUUUAAUAACUUUGAAACAAAGAUAUUGCAGUAGAGUUCACUCCCAGCUACUCAGAACAAAACAUUUUUUUGAAUCAGGCUGUACAUGUGUUUAAUUUUACUCUACAAACAUGGGGUAAUUGGCUUAGUGUGCACUUUGUUUCUGGUGCUUCUGCAGCCAGCCUAACCCCAAUACCCCAACGUAGCCCUAACACUUGAAAAUAUUUUGACAUUUUUCGAAAUUUUUUUGGUACCAAUUGACUCCAAAUGGUCUGAAACUUACUCUUAAAAGGUCCUGGACAGUAAUCAUAACCCUAACCCUAACCCCCUAGCCCCGAUACCCCAACUUUACCCUAACAAUUUAAUUUUUUUUUUUACAUUUUUCUUAAUUGUUUUUGUACCGAUUGACUCCAAAUGGUCAGAAAUGUGCUCCUAAAAAGGUCCUGGACAGUGAUUUUAACCCUAACCCCAUAACCAAAACCCUAACCCAACCCCCCUAACCCUAAUACCCCAACAUUACCUAAACAUAAUAACACUUUAAAUUUUUUUGACAUUUUUCCAAAAUUCAUUGUACCAAUUAACCCAAAAUGGUCUGAAACUUGCUCUAAAAAAAGGUCCUGGAUAGGGAUUUUAACCUUAACUCCAUAACCCUAAUCCUAACUCUAACCCCAACACCCCAACACCCCAACACCCCAACGUUACCCCAACGUAAACCCUAACACUUAGAAAUUUUUUGACCUUUUUCCUAAUUUUUUUUGUACCAAUUCACUCCAAAUGGUCAGGAACUGAAGCUGAAAACGAGAGUAGACGUAAAACAACUCAGCUGCUUGAGAAGUUGAAACUUUAAUUUAAAACAAUUCUAAAAUAUCGAGCCCUCACCAUCUGAACUUUGUCGAACCUUUAACAAAACUUCAAGACAGAUGUCUUGUAAUGGAGUCAUCUGCUGCAGAACUUGGAGAAAUUCUUCAAAAUGAUCCGAAGCUUUAAGAAAACAUCCAAUGCUGAAAAUAUUCAUGAAAAGAAUUUUUUGUCCCCCCCCCCAUGAGUGACACAAUGCAUAAUUCAUUUAGAACAAAUGAGGCUGAGCUGUAUCAUAGAAGGAAAAAGUAGUCAGCCCCUCUUUAAUCUGUGCUGAGACCAUGAGUGCCAGUGAGAAUGGUUGGAAGAACGGAGGAGGAGAGAAAGAAAAGAGGUGAUAGAUCGAGGAGGAGGAGGAGGAGGAGGAGGGAGAGAGUGAGAAUCAGAGAUAAUGAGUGAGAGGACACCAACUGUUUGUUACGUUGCACAAUAUUUCUCGUCAAUUAGUGCUGAAAGUCAUGUGUGGCUCUGAGUAAAUAAGCCGUCCUUGUUUUUGGGACUGUUUCCUGCUUUUCAAGGUGAUGAAAAUCCAACCCCUGUGUCACUGUCGCCUCUCUAAACAGCUGUUGUAGAUAGAAACUUCAAAUGUUCCUCAAUCUACAGUACAGUACACUAAAAUCAACCGUUCUUACUCAAUGACUCUGUCUUUGCAGCUUCUGCAGCAGUUACGCUUUAGGUUUUUCUCCACUGUAAGUACAGGUGGAGGUGUGUCAGUCACAGCGCAAUGCAUUUCAGUUCCCUUCAGUCUCGAUAUUACAUUGUUUUUCCAUUACCAGCCUCUCCAUAUGUCCAAUAUUUCAUUGCCACGGUUGGGCUGGCGUACCAAAUGUGACUGUGUGUAUAUGUGUGUGUCUAUUAUUAUGACACAGAAGCGUGGCCUGUUUGUAACGAGGCGAGGCCCUGAGUGGAUCAUUAGUGAAACGACUGAAUUUCUUACAGAAGUGUGGAAAAGUGUAGAGAAAAAGAAAACAUAGCUCAUCAAUAAUUCAAUGAGGGAGAACAUUAUAAAUAGUUCAUGCAGCGUGGAGCAGUGAGAGAGAGCUGUGUUUGAUUCCCGGUGUCACGUAAGGUCAAUGUGUGUUAACGCCUGUGUGUAUAUCUGUGUUCAUGCAUGUGUGUGAGGGAGGCAUGCUGCAGGUGUUGUUUUGUAGCCGCAGCAGGUGACGUUUUCACACAUAUUUACUCUCUGAUGUCAAACACACACAGUGAGCAGAUAUUUGCCCCCUCAUAUCAAACACGUUUUUAAAAUCUCCAUCAUCUAGCAAAGUUUUAGUUCUACGUUUACACUUGCUUCAUGUGCUUGUAACUUCAAAAUAUGACUUAUGUUGGAUCAGACAAAGCCAGUUUAAUAUUUGCAUAUGCUGCUCGAGCCAGCAGCUGUGCUGUCCUGGCUGUGGUCCUUCGGUCACAAUUUCCGCCUGCCAGAAACAACUCUGAGCUGAAGUAAAGCCAGGGUUUCCAAACCCUGUUUAUGUUGACAUAUUUACCUAUAAAUGUUUAAUUAUUUUACAUUCUGUGCACUUAACUUAUCUUUAUUUUGCCAUAAAGAAAGAAGACUUUGCAUUAUUGAGAUAAUGAAGUCAGAGGUACUAGCGAGACACACAUAAGCACACACACAGACUCCUUCAGUCUCUUUCUGUAAUAUGCUGAGCUGUGACAAAGCAAUUACAGUCAGACUGAGAAAAGAGAGAGACCUUUAAACAGUCUGAAACACUGUCUGCAGUAACUUGGCUCACUUUAAUGUGCCUUGCACAGAGAGUGCAGUAAACUGAUGAACUGUUGAUAAUGAGAAAUUGCAGAAAAAGACAUUGUGUAGCGUGAAAUUGACCCUUUAAAAACUAUGUUUGAUUUAGAAACAUACACACUCUGCUCAAGAACUGCUUAUAUUCACAAGCUUCUGAGAGCUGCACACAGAUUCAGUCGAUAACUGCAUUCAUGAAAUUCUUGAUGGAACUCCUAUUGAUUUCUACUUCCUCCAUUAGAAGUCCACAUUUCUCGAGACUGCAGUGUCCUUGAAGACCCAGCGGGAACAUGGUAAACAUAUGUACAACAUGUAGCAUUUGUGGAUGUGUCACAGCUCUACAGGAACACAGUCGCCGCUCUCACACAGAGCCACAGUAUAGAUGAACAUGUCAUUCUCAUUCUCAAACACGCUGGAAGUGUUUUCUGAAGGUUGGCACCAGCCGGUUUCUCCCUCAGGAGUCCCAUCCAAAGCCAGAUGGCUGCCGGCAUCAUGCAUCCAAGCCUGCCGCGCUAAGCCUGGCUGCUCCCAAAGUGAUGAUGAUACACCAUCACGGCUUCAAACGCCCACCCAGCCUCAAUCAGCUGCUCGACGCCUUUUAAUACCUCUAUUUUCCUUUGUGCUGCAUGAACUAUGUUUUUAUUGAAGCCAGCUAGUUAAAAAAUAGGACCGCGCAAUAAAUCUAAAUUCUAUUUCCAUUGCAAUAAACAACACAAAAGACCUACAAAGGGGGGGCCUUAGAUCCAUGGACCAUGCUCUCUUCUCAGCCAGCGUCAGAUUAAAUGGUGUCAAUUCGAAUGCAACUGUAAGGUUAGCUGUUUUGUUAGCUGAGGAGGGACAUGUGGUUGAUGAAGACCGCUUGGCAGAAAAAAAAGCACCUCAGCCAUUUUGAAAUAUUAGAUUUUAACACAGAUCCUCCUUAAAUAGCUGGAACUGAGCAGGAAGACACAGGAACGGCAUGUUGUUGCUAAUAUGCUAAUUUUAACAUUUAUUUAUCACGUCAUCAUCACAUUGCAGAAGAGUUUUUACCCACAAUGCAGCUUUUCCCCAAGCUCUUUUAGGCCUGCCGAAAUAUCAGACUCACAUGCACAACCACAGGAUACACAGUGUCACUCCUACUGGGAAAUACAUGUACUAAAUAUGCAAUAUUAGUCACCUCACUUAUAAAAUAGUGAUUGUGCUGCUUCAUUUUAUAUAAACAGACACUUUUUUUUGCAGUUGAGUAAAUUAACUGCGCUUCCAACAACUGUUUUAAAUGCUAAUGGUAGCAUCUGGCACUGUUUAAAGAAAGACAUUUUGCAGCUCUGCAAACACCCACAUACACACUUACAUACAGUUUGGACACCCACACUUAACACUGUACUGCGCCCUCCUCUUUUCUUAGUUCAGAUGUAUUAAAUGGCUGAUCUGUGUGAUCCUGACUCACCUCGCUGUAAAACUGCCAGGAUUCAAAAAGCAGGAAUAGAUUCUUAUGAAAUAUUUAAUUUACCCUUCGCUGCUUAUUUCAUUAGACAUCUCUUUCCCCGAGUACAUCUCAGUUCUCAUGCAUUACUCAAACGUGGCAGAUAUAAAUAAUCAUUCCCGUGACUUUCUUCAACAUAACAAAUUGCUUGUUUUGUCUGUUUGUCUCACUUGUUUCACUCAUGUCCAAAUGCCUCCUCCACCUCCUCUCUGCAUGUUUCGGUGAGACUUCUCUCCCCACGUUUGCAUUCCUCCUCAUCCUCCUGUCUGCAUGCCUUAGUCAGACUCUGCUUUGCUGUUGACACAUUGAUUGAAUUGGCAAUUACUCCUGGUUGAGACACACAGUUGACGUUGCAACACGGAUACUCAGCCCCUCUUGAUUCCAUCUACGCUCCGUCGAUUUAGCAGCAGCAGCGGUGGGGCGAGCAUUUUAAAACCCCCUGUCGUAAAAAGCCUGAGUAUUUGUGAAAGGUGAUUCAGACACAAACAAAAGGAGACAGGGAGAUGUGUGUGUUUGCACCUCUGUGUUUGUGUGUCUGUUUGAUAGAAGGAGCUAAUAGUUAGAAGUGUUUCUAAUCCGUGUCGAGGGUGUGUAGUGAUUCCCUUGAGUGCCCUGCUUAACCCCAACACACCACCGUGAAGAUCCACCCACACAAACAAGAGCCAUCUGAGAAUAGUAAGCCUCAUCGGCUGAUUAGGCCGAGACAUUGUCAUUUGGAGUUAGCCUAAAAAUGAUGCUCGUGUUAAUGAGAUUGUAAAAAUGAAAACAAAGAGUUUCCACCAGAGUUCUGUGUUUUCAUUAUGACAGAGCGUGUGAAGUUAAAAUCUAUAUGGCAUGUUUGCCCCAAAUCCCUCUAUUCCCACUGUAUACUCACCAAUAAAUGUCAGUGUGUGGCAGACAGGCAGACAGGAAGAUGAUGUGAUGAACAGGAAUGACUGUUUCCUGUUGAGAUUAUGUGGUGUCCAGCACAGAUGGCAUGCUGGUCUGGAGGCUUAAAUGCCACUCACUUUCAUCUCUGGGACCUUUGUGUUUGCCUCUGAGCUUCGAAUGAGUUACAUACACUUGGUAGGGAUGGGAAUUAAAGGUGGGGUAGGCAGGAAUCUGUUAAAGAAGCAUCUCAUCUUUUUUUGUGGUGUAUAUACAAAAAAGCUUUUAAUAUCAGUCAAUAGCUAUUAGUCAUUGAUGACAUUUGGUAAUAUAACGAUAUCGCUGUGUUUUGUUAUUUCUGUGUAGUCAACGUUUUAAAAUUUCAGAGCGCUCCGCUCUUUCUGACUGUAAACUGUUGACUGUUUGUGAGGCGGACGCUGCUCCCCUGUGUCGUUCAGGAGCCAAAACAAAGUUAGCGUGCUACAAUUUCAGACAGUAGAAACCAACCAGAAAGUACAGAAAAUUGUCUGAAUCCUCCUUUGGCCAUGACUGCCGACACAAGCAAGAAAACAAAGUAAAUACCGGAGACUCUGGCGGAAUAACUGGUGCUUAAAAAGGAGGUAGACCGGGCAAGAGCUAAAAAGCCGGCUCAACAAUGAUGGGGAUGCUUCGGGAUCUUACAGACCCCGUAACCUUUCUGCUGGACAGUUAAAUCACCUCAAAGGUCCUUACACACCGGGACCGUUUUUUUCAUGCGAUUAUUUCAGACGUCUAUAUUUUUUUCAAAUCGCAUCCUGUCAAUACAAGCGUUCACAUCAGCGCCGUUUUCCCAUCCUGCGAUAUUGCGGCAGUUUUUGUUUUGCAUCACGGUUGAUUUUUCUAAGGUUUUGCAAACUGUGUGUCCACUUCUGACCAAUCAGAUUUCGUGUUGUUACGACGUCAGAUUCACCGGUAUAUCCAACAUGGCCAACUGGCUGAUUGUUUGUGUCGGCGAACAGAGAGCUUUUUGAUAAAAAAAACACAAACAUUACAAAGAUAAUGACCUGAAGGUCAACUUGUGGAGAGUCAUAGCAUCGGUUUUCUCACAUGUGCUGUGUUUGUGUGCUUUAACAGUUUGCUAAACGCUAACUAACUUUAGCUCGUAAGCUAACCUGUUCAGAUACAACAUACCAUAUGUAUUUUCACUGUCUCAAACUCAAUCGUGUUGCUGUCACAGCACCAUUAGGUCUCGGUUGUUACCUUAGUUUUAUGGAUUAUAGUUUAAUGUGCUUAUCUGGUACUGGCCCCGACUCAGUACAUGCUAUCAUGAAAGUCGCAAAAUCGCAUUGCGCUUGAUGUGUGUAUUCAGGCGCGUCAAAAUAUGCCUCCGAAUAUUUCGUAAUUUUGCGUCGUAUAUUUGCGUCGUUCCCGGUGUGUAAGGACCUUAAACCUGCAAAAACUGAAACUGUAAAAUCACAUACAGUAGAGGCCCAACGGUCACUGAAUUACAUCCAAAUUAGCAGGAAAUAGAAAGGAAAAACAACCUGUUGUAAGCAUGUCGUCGCCUCUAUACUGAGCCCAGCUGACCGGGGCUGCACUACGCUGCUGCUACGCUCCAAAUAUGCAUCCUGUUUGCGAUUCCAAAUGCUGCUAUACGGAGAAAAUUCGGAUCCUGUAUGUUUUCGGCAUUAGACUAAACUCCUGUGGAUCUCACUUGCUGAGGCAACCGCAGCUAAGCUCAAAUUCCUUACAUCCAGUCAGUUUUUGUUCUAAAAUAUUUGAAAUGUACCAGCCAGCACUGUUUUAUUCUUGAGCGACAGGAGAUUAAAAAAGGCGGUGAAAUAAAAGAACAAUAACCAGCUCUUUUUGACACAGCGGUAGAGUUGUAUGUGUGAUAUUCUGCCAAGUGUCUGUGCCACACAAGCGUCCAUUUUUCAUGUGAUGUCUUUGAGGUCAAUCUCGACCUGUUCCCAGCCCGGCCUGCACCAGCAGAACUAUCAGCCAUUAUGAUGAAUGACUAUCCAGGAGCACGGUGACCAUACUGAACUUGAACCUCUCUUCUAGCCCCUUUCUUAGCUUCUGUCUUUAGAUGCCCCUCCUCUUGUACCUUGUGAGCGAAUUUGCUCCGCAUUGGCUUAAUCACCUCUUCAGAACUCAUCAUCUUCAAGGCCCGGUGGCUAUGCUAACGAGCUUUAGCAAUGCUCCUGGGGCCGCUGGCGGUGCUGUGUCUGUCCUCGCUGUCAGAUGCACAGAGGUGGGGCGGAGCAGUCCCCCCACCCCUGCCACUGGGCCUUACUGUCUCAACACAUCACUUCACCAGCCUCAUCGCUGCUCCCGCUCUCUCCUCCUUGCAGCACCUCAGGCAUGCGACUACUCCCUAAUGUUGGCAUUAGAAGAGAAGGAGGAGGGGUUAGCUGAGUGUGCGCUGCGCUUACAGGCUGCAAAUACUAAAAAGGCAGGCGACACAAAUGUGAGAUUACAGAGCAGAGACGUGCAGUUGUAUGUCAGGGGAGCAAAUACAAAAACACAGGCAGACAGAGGGAGCUAUAAUAAAAGAGAGCACGAGAUUGAGAGACAAAAUGAAAGAGAUAAAGCUCACUGAUCGCCCAGAUAUUACAUUUAACCCCUUGCUAAUCUCCUCAGUGCUGCAGCUGUCAGGCAGCAGUCGAGAUGACCAGAUCCAUUGGUAAGACUGAGGGCAGCAUGAGCAACGACGGCAGAAGCUGCAUGAGGAGCUGUACACUUAACUAGAGAGAUGUUCCUCCCACUGCCUCCAUUAGUGGAGACAUGGAGGCUCCACUGCUGAGCAGUUUACUGCUGGGGGCGGGACACAAUAACACAUGGGGGGGUAAUAGUCCUAAAUGGGUUCACUUGGUCACUGUCAUUGCCGUGCAAACCUUACCUCCGAAAACCAAAACACAGUUCUUUUAGGCCUGAAUGUCUGAGUUAGUUUAUUUAUAUUAAAGACUAGAUUAGUCAUCUCUGCUACAGAAAGAUGCAGCGUAGAUGUGUGAUCAGCUGGCUAAACUGCUCGGUCAGUCGGCUUAUCCUCAGUUAACCUCAUUUGAACCUUCGAUCCAGAUAUACUGUAUAUUUGUAUAUAUUUGGUCAAAUCUACUCAGACUUAUGCUGUUUAUAUUUUUUUUAUUGUGUCACAACUUUACACUGAUUUAUUCACUUACCUGAAAAUGAGCCGUUCCUGCUUUUGAUUUCAGAGAUAAUUUGCUUUAUUACUUUUCUUUAUGUUGUUAUACCUUGUUUCUCAUUUCGAACCCGUUCAGCAGCUGAGCGAUGGGGUUAGGGUGAGAGAAAGUGAGAGAGAGCUGUGAGUAUUAGUGUAAAUGUGUCGGUUGAACGUUGCUCUGUCUGCACCUGCUUUCACUUUUAUUCAUGGUAGGACCUCCUUGAAAUAAGAUGCUGCAUCUCGAGGUGCUAACCUUUGACAAAUUCACAUUUUUGAGUGGGCGUCUUUCAGUGAUGUCAACAUUGUCCUUGCCUCUCCUAUGAGUACAAGUUUUAUACUCAUGCCAGUGCUGCCCUUUGGACUGACACACUUAUGUAUGACGACAAUGAACUACAAGAAGUCACUGAAAUCAGUGAACUUUUUCUGGUGAUAAAGUCAUACAAGUAGAUACUAGUGACAAGUUGCAGCCCUGGUAAGUUGUCUAAAAGAUAAAUGUGAGACACACAAAGAGUAUUUGCUUGGCUGGAAGCUUUAGCUCUGCCUGGCAAGAGAAUUAGAAACUCAUCUAAUAUAAAACAGGGCUGUAGAGACAGCCUGAUUAACUUGUCCUGGGGACAGACAUAUGCGACAAGACACAUGACUUGUUUCAGCUUGGCUGCAAACUGCAGUGUAAAAUACGUUUGUCUUGCUGCGGCUUGAUUAACAAUUUUGGAUAACAGAUGUUUGUUUGGACAUCAAACUUCUGUGCUUGUUUCUGCAUAUUUAGGAAUUUCACAAAAAAGCACAUCCUAAUUUUUGAUCUUUCUGUGUGUCCAUGAGAGCGAGCGUGCUGAUCUCUUUGAUGCAUGCUGAUUUUGCAUACACUGACUUAAUCUGAUGCACUCACACUGGAACACUGUGAGCUAUUAUCAAGCUGAUAUUAAGCCAGCGUGCUGAUUAAACCUCCAAAAGGUAGGUUAGAGUGAAUAAUGUCAGAAAAAAUUGGCUGCACAGUUAAAGAGGCAGCGAGUGUAUGAAGGUGAAAAUAAGACAUCAAAGGCUUGUCUUUAUUCUAACUGCAUGAGACAGUUUGACCACAGAUAGAGGUGCCUUUUAUGAAACUAGGCUGAGCUAUGUGCUGCUGCUGCUAAGAGGGUUUUUUGGGCAAGAUUGCAGAGGGAUAAACACUGCAAUUUAUCUGAAUAUUCUCAGGCCAAAUUAGCAGCUAUAAGGCAAAUAAAAAUCCUUCCAGGGAAAAGAGUUAAACAGAAAAAAACAGCUGCCUUCGGAGCAGCUUCUGUCGUCCUUUUAGAUGCUGUCUCAGAAGUCCUAAAGUGUGUGUGUGUGAGAAUAAGGAUAUCCGAUUGUUCUUGUCCUUCGGGAAAGAUUUCCCUUUUUUGAGGGAUAGCAGAGGUGGACCCUCUGAAUGUCCUUUAAAGAUUCAGUUAUAUUUAGAUUUGUGGAGGCGAUGGAUUAACGUCAUUUAAUGUCUUGUUUGAUAGUUAGGAACCUCAUAUUUAAUUGUGAUUUAGCGAUUGUAAUUCUUUAAAGGACUAAAACAAACUACAUGUUUUAAAAUACCAUUUAAUCUUUUGAAUUAUGGAACCUCUCAUUUCUGUUUCGGAGUACUCUGUCUUCUUGUUAUUUGUUCCUGUUCGAGCUAAAGUGCUUUUCAUAACACAGUUUCAACCUGAGGGAGGCCUUGAAAUAAACGUUUUUGAGAACAAUGAAGCAGCUCUAUCAUCUAAAAUACGCUUGGAUUAUUUAUAGAUUAUUUCAACAGUAGUGAUAGUUGCUAAUUCCUCUCUAAAACUGUAAAAUUGUGCUUCCUUCCUAGUCCAUAAAUAGCCAUGUUUACAUGAGCAAAAUUUCUUGAUUGGAUUAAAAAUUUGAGUGAUCGGAUAAUCUGAAUCCACUGUUUAUAUGGGUGCAAAAUGAAAUAAUCCGAUCACCAAGUUUUAUUCAGAUUGGAAGCAUUUGGACUUGCGCAGAGUUGUCCAAUUUCGCUAAAACAACCGCAGAAGAAGAGUUGUAUUUACGCCUGUGCUGUCAACAAACCAACAAACGCAGUAAUGGCUCACUCCAUCCAGUUUAGGAGGUUUUCUCCCUGUUAAAUGUUGUCACUAGAUGGCGCCCUUGCGUACUUUUUUUUACUGUUCUGUCAAAGGUUGCUCUGUGCGUGCAGAUGUGACAUCAUUACGCUGUAUUGUUAUGUUACCGGAGGAGCAGACACGACGGGACCUGCGGUUGUGUUUUGUGCCAGAGUGUUAAUAAUUGAACCUCCUGUACUGGGAUCAAUAAAAAAGCCAAAAGCUAAAGAGUGAAGAUCAAGUCAGGUAAGAGAGUCACGAUCGCGAUAAGUGUUUACCUGGACGUGGCAAUAACGAUCAACAUAAACCACCCCUCUAGAUCGGAAUACAAUUUCUUUCCGGAUUGAGCUGAGUUGGAUGAGAAUCUUCCGAUCGACGUGUUUACAUGACGCAUUUGUAUUCCGAUCGGGCAUUUAUUCCAAGUAUUUGUGCUCAUGUAAACGCAGCUAAUGUUGAACUAAAUCAUUUGUUGUGAUAAUUUGGAUGUCAUUGUUCUGCUCACGUUGUGAUUUAUGUAUUGAUAGUCCCCAUAAUGAGUCAAUACAGUCUCAGCGAUGUGAUCAGUCCCUGUGUGUUGAACAAAAAGGGUACGUACACCUGUUGCCCCCUGAUGAAACAAACAGAAAGCGACAGAACAAGUAAAUAAAUAGCAGAAAACAUGACCUGACCCUGUUCUAUCAAGUCCUGAGAGGGACAGCAGAGAUGUACACACACUUAAUAGCAGAUGACGCCAUGUUGUCCUGCAGCAACACACUCUGCCUGAGAGAAAAGGGUUUUCCACAUCUACACUCCUGUUGUUUUCGUAUCAGGAAGAUCUUAAUCACUCCGGUAAAGUGCUCGGAGUGGACUUUGAAGCUCCUGAUAUCUGUUAUUUUUAGUGCUGAUUUACAAAAUAAAGAUAGGUGCACGCAUAGGGGUUUCCCUCAGUUGUCUGUGAGUAUCUUUUGAUGCUGGCUGGCAGCCUGGAAGAUCCCAUCAACAGGGCCCUACGUCAGCCAACAGCUUCUGACCAUUUAAGAGUCAGGGGUCAGCAGGAACAGACACAGGGGGUCAGAAUGCUUUAACUUUCUAUAAAACUCAGCUUCAGGUGUUCUUGCGUUUACUUUCUGACAGAGCUGUAGCAUACUUCACUCUAGAUUUGUUUGCAUGGUCUUUGCAGGCAUGUAUUCAUUCUGCUGUUUGCACCAGCCGAAGGUGCUGCUCCGCCCCCGGCAGAGUUACAAAACUUCAUGUGUGGCUGAUGAAAUAUAGAGCAACUGAGCUGACUUUGAAUGCUAUUCUGAUGUGUGAACUAAGUUCCCCAGUAAGCAAUCUUUUUACAGAUUUGUUUGUAAAGCAGAAUGUGCGUUCGAGUGGUGCGCAGGCAGGGGACCCAUUUGCUGAAAGUUGUUCCAAAGUGAUACCAUGAAACAUGAAACAUAUUCUGUUCUCGGUAAAUUUAGCUGAUACUUCACAGCUCUUCAUAUAGAAGCUGCAGGGGAGGUGCUUGUAAUGCUUCCUACACUUACAUCAAGUUAUCUGGCUGGUUUGCCACUGCAGAAAAUCCUCUGGUUUUACAAAUAAUCCUAUAAUUUUAAUCUAAAUAGCUCUCUCUGGGAUGGGAUUCUUCAUGCUGUUAAUAUGACCCUCCUUGACUGAUUCAAUUGUAUUGUAAUGAAAAUAAUAAAGUUGUCAACUCACAGGCGCUUUCUGCUGCUGGAUUUUGAAUCUGAACCGACUAAAAAACAACAAGAGUAGAAUAAAAGACGCAGAAUUUUAUCAACCCUAUAUUUCCCCUGCAUGAUUUUUCUUCGUUUAUUUUGACCACAUAGAGUGGACCUGCACGUAGGUGACUCUGACUAUGGUUUAGUCCUGCCUGCUGGUGGAUGAUCCUUCAUUUCCUCUCUAAUCCACAGGCCUGAACCACGUGUCCCCAUUGAAGGAGUCCCAGGGGAUUGACCUAUAUACCUGCUGACUCUUACUGACCUGUCACCGCUGCGGUGUGGCGUGGCACAGCCCGGCACACUGCUGUGACAUGUGCUCGCUCACGCUUUGCACUGCGCACUUGCUCGUCUUAAACCUCUGUUUAUUCUGACUGUGCACAAUAGAAAUAGAUGAAGUGGCGUUAAUGUCUCUGAUGGGGAUUUAAUGGAGUAACCUGCACGGCUGGUAUUUGACUGUGAGUGUGAAUCUAGCAGCAUUCAAACAGGAUGGAAUACAGUGAGUACUGUUAUUUGUAGUGAACUCGACUUCAUCAGACGUAGACUGUAGUUUUGUCCUUAUUGCAAUUAUCUAUACUCUUAAGUAGAGAGUUUAGACAUUUUAUAGUUCAUUACUGGUUUUACAUUUGUCAUUGUCAGCAUGUCUGAGCAUUUAAGGACAUGCGACAUAUAUAUCCAGUCACCUCACACUCACACCGGUCACACCUGCUUGGCAGCGCGCCUUUUUGCACGUGGUAGUUAAUAAUUCACGCUGACCCUCUGCUCCCCUGACCUUCAGUUGUUACAAAUUAAUUAUGACCUCCUCCAUUGUGAACGCCUCAUUAAUCUCUGAGGGACACAAAACGGGAGGGAUUACAAUCACGAUCUUUGAUUUUGCCGUCACUCUUCUGGGAAAAGUGUGGCAGUGUUGCUUCAAAUAUCUUACAUUUCUGUGCAACGCUGUCAUCUUUGGAUUUGUUUGAUUUCCUCGCAGAAAAACUGUAUCUGUCUUCUCAUUAUCUCUUGUCUCUUUUCUUCAUUUUUGAUUCCUAUUCGGGUAUGAAAACAACUAUAACUGGGGAAUAAUCUUCUUAUCUAUCCUGGUGAUGAGCACCUAAACUAUAAUACGAUUGUGAGGUAUAUGAUGGCGUUUAAUGACAGCUGACAUUUCUCACUCACAGCUUGUGGUCUAGUUCCUGGCAGAAAAAAGCAAGUGGGGGGGAAGCGACUCAUGCUGCGAGUUGACUAGCAGAGAAAAAGGAACACUAAAGUUGUGUAGGUUAUGCACAGUAUGUCUCUGUGCACGUGUGUUCAGACACUUACUGCUGAUCUGCACAUUUGUUGGCGUAUGCUGGUGUUGGUGUGUGUGUGUGGGGGGUUCCGUUUUGAAUGGGACAGUGGGAUGUGACUGUCACCACCAACUGUGCAGGGAGGCAAAAAAAAAAAAUCUGAGAUGAUAUUGAAAACGAUGGUGUUAAACAUGCUGCCCACUCAGAGUUCAGUUUUUAGCAGGAUUCUUGUAUCGGACUCGGUGAGUGUUUGUGUUUUUGUUCUGCGCAUUCAUGUUGUUGUGUGGGUGUGUUUGCUCCCACGGGGCUCCAUAGCUAUGAAAUUCUGCACUCUCUGGCUCCCUCCAUGGGUAGGAAGUGGUUUAGCUUUCUGGUAGAUUCCUAUUUGUCUUUUACUCAUGUCCUUUAGUCUCUUAAUUAGAAAUCAGAAGAAAAAAGUCUAUGAUGAAUGUCUAGGAUUGUGAGUUUAACUGUUGCAUCAUCUAAUCUUUUUUAAUAUUAAAUUCAGCAGAGAAUCUGAUGUCCUUGAUCAGAAAUGCUUUCUGUGGCCAAAAAAACCAGAUUCUCACUGAGAGGAAAAGGAACACAAGAACAAAAACUGACUUACCUGAAGAAAAAAAAAAAUCCCUUUUUGAUUUUUUUCACAGUGUAUUAACAUCAUCAGGUAACAUUACUGCAGACCGCUCACACCCAGGACACAAACUGAUUUAACUCCUCCCCUCAGGUAGGCCUUGCAGAUCACAGAAAACCAAAACAUCGACCUCUCAUGUGACAUUUGAUGUUAGUACAAUUAGGGCUGGCCAAUAAAACGAUAAUGAUAUAUAUCUAAAAUUAAUUUCCCUCGAUAUUGAUAUGAAACAUGGUCAAUAUGCUUUUUGAUAGCCAGCAUUCUGCCAUGUUUUGGUAUAUAUAUGAAUAACCAAUGAAAAGGGGAGCGGUCUGCGCCGCUCUGUACCGAACAUUCAGUCCGCUUUCUCUAGCGCAGCGUCUAAUGACAAACCAUCGAAGAGACACAAAUCUCACAGAUGCAGAAGCUUGUUGUACUGCAAAAGACAUGCUACCAAUAAGCACUGUUAAAUUUGAUUUAAGAGUAUCAGGGAACAUUUAAGUUUGACCAGUGAUUUUUUGAUAUCCUGAUAUAUAUAUCGAUAUGAAAAUAAAAAUAACUCAUAAUAAUCUGUUUCCUGUAUCGCCCAGCCCUAAGUACAGUAUAUAAAACAAAGUUUACCACAUGUACAUAACCCAGCUGUAAUAUAAUGACAUGGAUUUAUUUUUCAAUCACUCAUUAAUCCACUGAACUCCUCAACAUUGCACCACUGCAGUAACAGUCUUGUACAAAUUAAGGGUCUUGUACAAGCUUAUACAUAUUUUGUCAUUUUUGUAACAUGUCUUUGUGUUCAAAGAGAGCAAACACAAGUUACUUUAAUAAAAGAAAGUGUUCAUACUUAUCAUCUAGAAGGACCCAGGAGCAGAUAGAGCAACUCAAAGAUGAGGUCAAAUGGAUAAUUGGAGGCAGGCAGGUUUAGGCAGAGACUGAGGCCUGGGAGAGUUCUGGCAAAGUUAGUUUUCUGUCAGCAGACUGUAGAGUCUUGUAAAAGACAGAAAAGGUUGAGUGGCUGAUUCCUGCUGGAUCCAAGCUGAAGGAGAGUACUGGUUAGAUUUACUGAAGAAGAAGCCACCACAAGAGAAAAUAAUUGACACAAAGCACAGAGCAGCUGAUUAGACCACCUAGCAGACAAGGAGAAGCUAAGGUUCUUGUACUCUCACUGAUGAGAUGAGUUCUAGGUGUGUGUCCUAUCAGCCAGCUGCCAGAUAGAAACACAGACACAUGCCAGACAAAGGGAGAAAUCAUCAGGGGAGGGAAGCCAUCACAGCCAGGGCUGGAACAGAAAAAGCACUCAGUGAAGAAACUCAUCCUAUCAUACUUUAUUUUUCUAUUGAUAACCUACAGAGCCUAUUUGUAAACAGUUCACUCCAGCAUCUUAGAACAACCCUAUCCAUGCUCACUCCCACUACCUAUCCUACCCCCAAGAAGAACCUCCUCAGAUUACGACACAACCUGUUUAGCACCUGUUCAUGCAAGCUUCUGGUACUGACGGCGUGAAUACUGCCUACUGAGGAUGUCAAAAAUGUCAGACUUUCACCCCAGGAUCAUCAUGCCCAACAAACUUAAAGCAAUGAUAUUAUUGCAACAUUAGUGAAACAACAUUUCUGUCAGUCAAGACAAGGGUGACGUAACAUGUCACUUCACGGACAACACCAUUAAACACAAGUGACUCACUUCUAUUAAAAAAUAUUAAAAACUUUUUAGCUUAUAUUUUAAAGUUUGAACGCCUUUCAUCAGGUACAACAGGAAAGUGGACAGAGCAGGAAAUUAGUAGAGAGAGCAGAGGGGACAACCAGAAGAGGAGCUACAGGUUGGAAUCAAACCCAGGCUGCCCCCUUCAGGCACAACCUCUGUACAUGAAGUGUGCAUAUAGGCUGCUAGGCCAGAUAAGAGACACCUCAUCAUUGUCAGUUUUCAAUGACGGCAGUCUUCUUCUGUCUGUGAAAACAAUUAUCACCCCCGACUAUGAACUAACUAGCAACAUGCUAUUAUCAUAUGCGUAUUUUUAGCACUAUAUCAAUAUUAUUAUUCUAAUAAGAAUGGUGUCUUUCAACAGCCUGAGCCUGCAACAUCAUAUAGGAAAGAAGAGAGUCUGCUGCAGGAUGUUUGAAAGAAGACAAGGAAGGCAGAGUCAAGGCGAUUGGCCUGUUUAGAGUAGAGCUCACUCCAACCAGAGUUAGGUUGUAUAAUCUGCCUUCCUCUACUUCUCCAGUCAGACCAGUAAGAAAAGAGUAUGUAAAGAGAUUUCAGAAAGAGGGCAUGGACUGGGCAAGAAGCCUACUGUAUAUACAAGUGGUUUGGUCGUGGGUGACAGUGGGCAGACAUAGUCAGCAGCUGGCUUGGUUUGACGAGAAAUGUUCAUCUGCUAAACAGAAAAGCAUGUCCUCAGAAAAAAACAUAGAAAUAAAACAAGCUGACUCAUAUUUACCAUGUGGUGAGAAAUACAAAUAUACUUCUGUCUUCACUGCUGACAAAAGCUUAAAAACACUUACAGUAGGUUUAGCUUAGAGGCUACAUACAGGUUUGAAAAAGUCCCAGUUUUUAUGUUUCUAUAUUGUGAAUUAUAUGAGAAUUCUGACACCUGGGAAUUAAUUGAUUUUAUUGAAUAACACCUUCAGAAAAUAAACAGCAGUUUCAAACCCUCUAAGACACAUUCUGGGGAGUCUUUCUGCAGGGUUUACAGUUAUUCAGUCUUCUCUUUGUGGGUCUGCUCGGAGUUAUUUCUCUGUCUUGAAUUUUACGGUUUCUGUUUUUAACAACUUCAAAAACACCUUCUAUAGCCUGCAGUUCACCUGCCGCUUUGAGUGUGUGGUCCUCCUGCUCGAUCACAUUUUGGCAAUUUUAGAUCACUGGAAAUGAAGCACGACAGUAAACGUGGUCGGAUUUGAAUUCAGGGAGACACAUUUCUUAAUCAAAUUAAGCCUUUCUGUUUUGUUAUUCACCUACUCGCUUUGGAGGCUGAAGGAUGAACAAACACGGUUAAUGAAAUGCAUGAUUUUGGUAAACCACACUUGCUUCCUGGUUAGGUAAGUGUGUAGUUGAACAUACAGUAGGCUACAUACACACACACACAGACAAACACAGUGUAAGUGAUCAGGGCUGUAAUGUCUCAGCAAAUUCCUCUGGGAGCUGGAUCAAUCUGUGAGAAAGGGAUCAAUCUCUCUGACCUUUACUUGUGGUAACCUGCAGUGCUCAAUCUCUCAUUAUUUUGACAGUGAAAGGGCAGCUUUUCCGGCUGUGAGCUAGCUGCAUGGAGAAUCACUUCACUGUCAGUGUUCACACCUUCCACAUUUGUCUCCUGUGGCACAUUCAGGUUCUCUCACUUACUGCUCUGCUCAACUCUAUGUGUAGGACCUCGUCAACUGGAGUGAAAAGAAAACAUGAUUUACGAUAUUGUCAGACACACUCAAUAGGGAUGCACCGAUCCGCUUAUUUCACCUCCGAUACCGAUACAGAUAUAUACAUUUUAGUAUCAGCCGAUACCGAUCCAAUUCUGAUACAGAAAAGCCGCACUGAAUUACCUUUUGUUGUAACCUGAAGUUUUACCACUGCCCCUCGGAACGUUUACUGUGCAGGUAUUGCAAGUGGUCGUUCAGCUUGUGGGCUGAGGUAUUGUGAUAAAGUUCAAGAUAGCAGAUCCCUUUGCUCGCUCCAUUUUGACAGCAUGUUUACUUCUGGAUGCCACUCACAGUGCAUAGCAUAGAGUUAGACAGAAUAGAUCGGUCCCUAUGCAUUGGGCCCAUUGUCAGGAUACCUGAUCUAGAAUUUUCUUCAGUAUCGGGACUGAUAUCAAAUAUCGGAUCGGUGCAUCCCUAACACUUAACACUGACUAUUAUGUUCAAACUAGGUAACAUUGACUGCAGAUAUGUUCGAACUUUGCAUCACUUCAUGGAGGAUAUAUUUGAAGAUUUCAGUUUGUUUUGUUGUUACACAUCCUCACUAACACUUAAGUGGGCGGACAGAUACAGUAGUUUGAUAAAAAACAGAAAAACAACAAAUACUGUAUGUAGUAACAUGCUACAGAAACCUGACUGAACCUGACUGAAUGAGGUAAAAUCAAAGAAACAUUUGAUCAAAGCUGAUGGAUCCAAAUCGGGGAUAUAGAGUCGUCUAAAUUGAAUUCUGUUUCAUUUUGUGACUUAAAGAUUUUAACUUAUUAAGAAAUAAACUGAAACUCACACUGAGUCCUCUUUGUGACCUUUAAGACUAAAAUAAGACCAUCAGCACCUGGUGCAAACUGAGCAUGUACAGAAACUAACUGGCUGGUGGCGCCACAAGACUGAGCUCACACCCACACACCCAUUAAACUUACUUACUUACGAACCAUUGGAUCAGUCUACAGCAGAACAGAUUCCUGACUUGAUCUCACUCAGACACUUGCGCUUCUUAAAGAUCCUCUACAAAGCACAGCAGGAGCCUUAUUUCUCAACAGAGCUGUCAACCAUGAUACCACAAUGGCCUUAUUAAAGCUCCAGUGAGGAAUUUUCUAUCUGUGUUUGUUAACCCUUCAGAAAAUAUCCAAAUCUCCCACAGUAGUUUUAAAAUAAAAUGUGUAAAACUUAAAGUCUGAGAAAAAUGAACACUUGGACAUAAAUCAAAAUAAGAAGUGACUACAAAUAAUGUCAAUAAUCCCAUUUGAGAAAAAAAUUAACUCAUGUUUGAAUUUUAUAUGUUGUCCUCUGUUCUUUCUGUUAACAUUAAAGCUCCCAUGUGUCAAUUUUGGCAUCCCCUGCAGACAAGGCAGUUUUUUAUUUUCUCAUUGUGGAUAGAAAUAAUUACCGCUUCUGAAAAGAAAUCACCAUCCAGGCUUUUGACAGCUAAAUUGAACAUUUAUUGUGAACAUACAAUGUGGAAAAUGUAAAAAACAGGGCUGUUUAUUUAGCUGUUUGCCAGGCAUCAAAAAUUCCAAUUAAAAAUCAUCCCUUUCUAUCACUGCUGUCCUUGUUUGCUUUUGAACAUCAUAUAAAAAAUCACAUUAUGAAUUCCAGUCUUUUUCAUAAACCUUAAAAAAACUCCUCACAGGAGCUUUAAGGAGGCAGGAUUGAGGAGGCUAAACUGCAGCCAGUGUAGAGAACUCUAAAUCUUGUGGCUUCACAGUUAUUGGGCAAUGAUGAUCUUUAUUUUAAUGUACUGUCUGUGGUCCUUAUGGAAAUGGAAUAUAUAAACACCAGCUACAACUGUUAUGAAGAUAAAACACUGAUAUGAUUAAAGGCACUGUAGCUCUGGCUUUAUUGUGGAGCUUAUUGAGCUCCAAAAAGGUUUGAGUCAAAUGUGAGCUGAUAAAAUUGGCGCUGGGAUUUUCAGAGAUGUAAUAAACACAUCGGUGCAAUAGCUCUUCUGGUGACAGCUUAAAAAGAAGGAAGUUUGAAGGUUCAGUCCCAGAGGGGAGCCUCUACUCUGAGAAAAAUAAACGUCUCUAAACUGGAUGCUGAAAUCCACCUCAUAUUGACUCAUUACUUGUCACAGUGGAUAAGAGCUCCAAAUGGUUCAAAUGUAAUUGAUAGAUUACAGCCAGUGUUUAGCCUUGUCGGCCGUGUCUGAGUCGCAGUUCACAGCCAAGGAUAAAAACAAUCUCUACUGAGCAGACAAGCUAACCUCCUGCCAUUUAAUGAGGUUACCAGCUCUCUAACAAGAUGAUCUCACUAACAAAGUGAGCCUGCUGCCACCAAACAAAUGCACCAAACACAAAUCCAGGGAAUGAUCAAAAUAACUGAACUACAGUACAGAGAAAAAGCAGUUUUCUACAUGUUAAAAAAAAGCUUUUCAACUCUAAUUGUUUGUGCAAGAAACUAUUUCAUUAUCCUUCUCAUUUGUAGACUUAGCAGAGGUGUAAUUCCUCUGUAUUGAGCUGUUGAACUUUGGUUCUUCAGAGGGCAGUUAAACAGCAGAGGGGGAUUGCCAGAGCGAAUUGGUUGCUCUGUUUCCCAGCUGCAUUAAAGGCCUGUCGAAGAGAAGUGGAGCUUCAGUCAUUUAUACGGACCAGAUUUUCUCCACACAGAGUUGGUACAUAGAGGUAGGAAGCACAGCCCACAUCGCUUACGCCGUACAAGCUAAAGCACUCUACAUGAAUAAUUUGCUACUCCCAGAUCUGUUUUGGCCUCGCUCUCCUCUCCCUCUCACCCACGCAGAGAUGUUAUGCUGAUUCAGGAGCAAAGAGGAAAGUUCGGCGGUGCCAAAACGGCAGGAAUUGAAAUUCUCAGAGGAAGAUAAAUUUCCAUCAGUAUCAAAUUUAGAUAUCUGAUAAAACAAUAGAAAUAAUCAUCAGUGUGUCCAAAACCAGGGAGAAAGAAGGUUUGAUGCAGCUUUGAGUUAACAUAGAAAGAAAAAUGAAGCUUGGAUUCUAUUAAUAAACUGUUUAAUGUCAUUCUGUAUGAUAUGUGCAGUAGUUCCUGUCAACACUAAUGUGCACUAUCUGUCUGUGAACACACUAACGCUUGUCUCUGACAUUUCUACAUAUUUCGUUGUAUGAUUUUUUUUCUUUCCUUCUGACAGGACUAGCGCAGAUGGCUAGUUCUGAGAGUGCUGCACCUGUUUAUAUAUAGCUUCUCAGUAGAGCACUUGAGAGAGAUAAAAACAAAGCGAGUCUGUCUGUUUGGCAUGCCAAUGGCACCAUCCACGCUUGGUGAUCUCAGAUGAGAAAACCAAUUCCUGUAGGAUUUGGGCAAGCUAUAAAAGGUUUCACUUCGAACAGGAAAAUAGUAUCAAUUAAAAUAGCAUGUCAGACAUGCAGAAUUUAAAUGUAGCUACCAUAUUUGUCUUAUGUUGUUCGAUAUUUUACCAUGUUUUGGCAGUUAUUGCUCUAUGGAAGGGAGGAAACCAGAAUAAGAUGGUGAAGUUAAGGCGCCUGUGAGGAGUUUCAAGCUGGUCAAGCUGAUGUCACCUUAUGUCCUCCAAAGAAAACAAGACUAUUAACAACCAGAAUGAUCAUGUCUACUUCAUUUCUAAUGUUUGUAAUUGCUACCUCCAUGUGAUUUAUAAGACAUCAUUCCUAGACAGAUUUAACUGAAUCAUUUUAAACCAGUGUGCAUUACUGUGAGAGGACAGGCUUUUCUCACUUUAAUAUUUUACCAUGAAGACAUAUCUGGGUUCCAAUAUAUGUGUGUGCCGUCUUCAUGUGUAGCCUCCAUUACUGAGGUGCAGCUCUCUGCAUGCUGACUAUUACAGCUGAAAAGAAAGUUCAGUUAAAAGAAAAUGGAAAGCUGCUGAUGAAGCUACUUUUAUUGUCUUCCCUGAUCUUCGAAUAACAUAUGACUAGACAUUAAGGGUGAGGGGGAUCAAUACAGCAUGGUAUUGCCAUAUUCUUCAUGGUGUUAUUUCAUCAAUAUACAGCUGCUAAACAUCAAUAGUUGCAUUGUAAUGAUUUAAUUUAUGAGAUAAAGUUCAUGGUGGUGCUUUCCGAUGAAGUUGAGAAUCUAAACAUGGUGGUGCCAAGAGGACUGUCUUUGUGAACAAAUCAAACAAAUGGACUUAUUUAUUUAUUUUACAUGAACAUACCCAGACUAAAGCUGUACAGAGAAGUAAAGCUUAAGUUGGUAAAAGUCUGAGUACAAUAGAAAGGUUUUGUUGUAAAUUGCAACACGUGGACAUCACAAGCAGUGAAUUCAUAUGUAACUUUAGUAGAUCAUCAUGUGACAGACUAGCAGCUAUCAUCUCAUGUUCUCCAUGAUAGACACACUGGGGCUGGGGAUGUUAAAACUCGAAUUAGUUGAUAGUUUUGUCCAAAAAUUACAAAUAUCUGAGAGUAAGUAAAGCACAAGCAAACAUCCAGAGUAGUACAAUAGUAGCCACACAUGUGGACAAUAAUACAUACAGCUCAGUUUUUCAGAUGAAUGCAAAUUUUAAAACAGGAUGUUAUCACUGUGUUAGUCAGUAUGAGUGCUCGAUUCUCGUGCAAAGAAAAAGAAGACUUCAGGUUGUUGAAUAGACUGAGAUUUUUUCAAUGGCAUUUCAACAAAAAGGUCAGAAAUUGGGUUUUAUUCCAAUAUAUAUAGUGUCUUAUGACAAGAAUUUUUUCACUCAUCUAUGUUAAGACAAUAUAAAACAUAAAAUGAUAUAGUAGCAUAUACUUGGCUUGUGGAUAUUGGUAACAGAGCAUUUCAGGGGUUAUUAGUUUCUGUAGUAUAAGUUCACGACACACACACUCUCCUUUUUCUAGCUUAAGGCACAAACGAUUAUCAUAGAAACAGGCUGAACAUGGUGCCACCUCCUCUCAUUUCAGCUUAAUAAUCUGAAAUAUAACCAUUUCAUUCCAUUGAGCAGUUUCAUCGAUUCGGUGCAUUGACCUGAAACUGAAUCUUUUAAUGCUAAUAUCCUGCCUUUGAUGGGUUUUAGUCCUCAGUUUCGGCCGUGUCAGAGCCUGUAACUGCCUCGCAGCACAGGGCUCAGGGAGGAUGUCAGUGAAGGACAAAUACUUUUACAGAUAGAAGGUUUGCUCUGGGUUUGAUAAACAGUUUAACGACACUUGCAGCCUACCAAUCUUAAAUCAGUCGUGCUUAUUUGUAUUCACCCAGCAAUCUCCAGCUGUGUAUCCUGUUUGAGAGUGCUUAAUGCUGUCAGUGAUUUCACAAAGAGAUGAAAGGCCUUGUUUGCGCAGGCUUUCAAAUAUUCUGUUGCUCAGACAUGCUUAACUGACUUCUUGGCAUGGUGUGACUGUUAACAAAGCAACAACUUUUUGUUAAAUCGUAGGUAACAGACAUAUUUAUAACUCUGUACCCGCAUGAAUAAUAACCAAAGAACAUGUUUCAUGAGCCAAGGCUAACACAGUUGUCGAACAAUACUUUGCAGAUGGCUUCACUCAUCGACUGUUUUCUUAUUGAUGGCAUGGGACUGAAUAUAGGUUCAUUAAGAAAACUCCUGAGUUUUAGGAUUUUGUCGUCUGUAUUUUGAUCCUUACAGCUCAUAUGAGACAAAUUGAGCUCAUCACCAAACAUAAUCAAAUUAAAGGUCCUUACACACAGGGACCAUUUUUGUCGUGCAAUUAUUUCGGACGUCAAUAUUUUUUUUCGUACCCGUAUCCUGUCAAUAGAAGCGUUCACAUCAGCAAUGUUUUCCCGUCCUGCGAUACCAUAGUUCCAUGUGCUUAUCUGGUACUGGCCCCGACUCACAUGCUAUCAUGACAGACAGACAGCCAUCUCAACACUAGUGUCUAGUAUCUAGUCCUUUGCCUCUUCAAACUUAGAGCUAAUUGUUUCAGCACAACUUCAAAUUGUCCAACGGACAUCCGACAAUAGGUUCUGACCAUGGUACAGUUUCUGCACCAAGCGGUGAAACUCACCAAGUUCUCUUCUUUUUUGUAACAUUGGAUGCACGUUGAAGCAGACUCCAUUUUUGUCCUCUCGCUUCCACCCAAGACGCUGUAGACGCUGUUGUUGGGGGUUGUUCAGUAGAACAGGCAAGGUUGUUUUGAUAUCAGAGUUUGAAAGAAAUCUGAUGUUUUACUUCACUAAAACUAACUGUUGUUUCUCUGUUCUUGUUAUUUUCCAGAAGAAAGAAUGGCUGUGCUUGAACUGCCAGACGCAGAGGGCUCUGUCAGGAAGCCUGGGAGAUAUUCCAGGUCCUGUUGCACAGCCCGGAUCCCCUCGGCCACCUGCUGCAGCCAAUCAACAACCACCUCAGCAAAAAGGGCCCAAUCAACUUACAGGGCCUAAACCAACAGGUCCUCAACAACAACAGAAAGCACCGGGUCCCCAAGUAAGUGGCGCCCUUUCUCCUGUGAAACAGGCUGGGCCCUCCCCUCAAACCAAAGGGCCCAGCCAAGCUCAAACCAAGGGUUCUACCCAACCCACUUCCCAAACCAAAGGCCCUACUCAGCAAUCUCCUCAAGUUAAGGGUCCAACACAACCCUCAGGGCAGAGUAAAGGACAUCAAGUUAAAGGUUCUAGUCAAUCUGUUGCUCAAAGUAAGGGUUCUCCUCAGUCUGCUAACCAAACAAAAGGCCCGGCCCAGGCCAAAGGGCAGACUCAGACGAAAGGAUCUACCCAGCCCCCUGCUCAGACUAAGGGUCCUUCUCAGCCCUCUGGUGCCAAGGCUUCAGCCGCCCCCGGUAAAGCCACACCUAACCAAACUAAAGCCUCUCCUACCCCAUCAAAAACAGCUCCCACUCAGUCUAAACCCACAGGUAACACCCAGGCCCGCAAACAGCCGCAGAGCCAGGAGAAGACAAAAGGCUCACCCAAAUCUCUCAAAGAAGAUGUCAAGGCCUCACCAAAGAAAGCAUUGUCAGAGACUGUCACUUCACCUAAAGACACGAAGAUAACUGAGGAUGCACAGAAGCCAAGACACCAUGAAGUGAGCUACCUGCAACUUCUUCGCCUUCACCUGUUACCGUCACUGUUUUUUCUUUUGAUGUUUUUUUCAUUUGAGUAAUUGAAAACAUGUUUCAGUGUCAUUAUCAUCUGCAUCAUUGACAAAUCAUAGUCAUAUUCAAUCCAUGAUUGGACAUCCAUGAUGCAGUCAACAUCGUUUGUUGAUUUAUUACUACACAAAGACAGUUUUUGUGGUUGAUGUACUUUUUUCAAUGUUUAUUUUUAUUUCUAUCCAACAUUUGUUCUUUUUUCUUAUUUCUUUUUCAUAAUCAGAGGUUUUUCCUGUCUAUUCUCAUCAUUUUAUUUGUUGUUAUUAUCACCAUCAGAGUUAGUUAAUUUUAGUUAUCUUGAACUUGUGCAGUUAUAAUAACAGCUAAUAUGCAUGUUUCAUUUUCUUUGUACAUUAAGAUACUUUUCCAUCCAUGUUACUUGCUUUAUUUUCACAACCCUCUUCAUCCUUGUUAAUUUCUCAUCAUUAUUGCAUCUCUGACAUUAUCAUCAGCAGUGUCUCUUUGGCCAUUUUUCAUGUUUGGUCCAUUUCUAUGACUAGUUUUGUACCCUUUUCUUUUUUGUGGCCAACGCAAGCUUUUUGUUUAAUGUGACCCUUUGUGAUAAUACCUGAAGCAUUCUUAGCAUGUUUGUUAUUCUUCAACGGUUCGAAGAAUGCUGUGGAGAAUGCAACAAAGAUGGAAGCAAGCAUGUGCUGAAAUGACAUUUGUCUAUUGAUGUUUGUACGCUUAAUUGUCCUUUAUACUCACUGUAUGUGUCAGUGUAUUAAUCCAUCUAUGUGUACAUGAAUUUGAAUGGCUAACUCAACCCAAAUUGAACAAACUAAAUGGCAUUUUAUUCACAAAUGAAUCAAAAAAACCCUUUAAUUGGGAUCCAGGUUUCAUUCAUUUGUUUUAAUGUAUUCCAAAAAAGGGAUACACGUCACUAGUGAGUAUAUUAGCAACAAUUGAUGCUGGUCAGCUCUGUCUUUUAGAUAAAAAACUCCUGGGGGAACUAGUGUGCAAGCUCGGCUGCAGACAUCUGCAGAUGGAGCCAGGCCUGCCAAGUAAUUAAACUUAUUUUAUGAGACUCUAACACAAGCAAACAUCUGACUUUGAAUGUGCACUCUACUGAGAAAUUUUUCAGCACCUUAUUCUGCCAUCAGAAAGCCCAUUCAGUUUUGCACUUGCAUUCAGCUUUUCUGUUUUUUUGGUCCGCUCCCAAAGAAGCUGAUGACAAACAGUAACGUUGAGUGCAGCAGGGGACUCUCUUUAGUGAAUGAUGGAGCCUGCAGCCUGAUGUGAACUGCCGGUAUAUUCUGAUUCUGAAUGAUCGAGACAGACUGUUAUUACCCUCACUCAUGACUGGGAGUUGUUUUCUCAGUUUAUUGGCAGUAUCUUGCAGUUUUUAUAUCCGCACUACCAGGUACCUUGGGAUGUCUCCUAUUCUUCAGUUAACUCAGAAAUUUCUUCCCUUUUUCUUCGAUCUCUCUGUGAACUCCAGCUCACAAAGGUGCCCAGCCCGCAUAUGUCUGCCGUCGACAGCUUAUAAUCGGUGCUAUCACCAUUACUGGUUAUUAAAUUUAGUUGUAUUUAGUUGUAUCUAGUUGUAACCCCCACCACCACCCCCUUACCCCCCGAUCAGGGUCAAACUCGGUGUCUCAGUGUGUUUGACCAUGGCUUAAAUUUAAGCCGGAAUAUCCCUUUAAAGGGAGAGCUGAUUAGCUUUAAUUGUGGCUGUUAAACUUCCUUGUGACAUGUAACUCAUACAAAAGCACUGUUGAAAUAGCCCUUUAAGAGAUGCCAAUAUUUGACAGCUUUUAUAAGAAUAAGUUUAUAAAAUUAUAAUUUUCCUCAUUUAAGAUCAAAUUUGCUCCGUUUCUGAAAACAGCUUAACAUUUGGGUUGAUUGUAGCCAAUUGGUGGCACUACAUCUGGUUGUUUUUUGAUUGAGAGUUUGUUCUUUUCCCAGGUAAUUUUAUUGUACUCUGGUAUCUGAGACGACUGCAAUUGCAUUAGAUCUAGUGCAUUUAUUCAAGCCUCUUGUGUUUGCAAUGACUAAUGAAAAUGUUAGAGCUAAGUUAAUUUGAUAAGUUUAAAAUAGACGACAUGUGUGCAUUGACAUGAUCACAGACCUGGACAUAACUUUGCUCAGAGAGAUUUGUUUUAUGUUAGCUUCUUAUACCUCUCUUCUCUUUUUUCCCCCUGUCUUUAGGAUAACAACAAAUCAAGUACCCAGAGUUUGAGUGACACUGGCUACUCCUCAGAUGGGAUCUCCAGCUCUCAUGGGGAGAUUACAGGCCAGAUACAGGAGGAUGGAAUUAAGCUCAGUGAAAGAGGGGCAUCCAUACCCUCAGAUAUCACCAAGCUAGAGAGCUCGAUGAAGCCCCUGCUAGAAUCAAAAACAGCUUCAGACCAGAAGCACAGGCCACAUUCGCUAUCUGUUGGACAGGAGCGUGACUACAGUCCAGAUGAUGAUGCAGCAAGGGAUGAAUCAGAAGAUGACCUCAGCUGUAAGCUUCGCCAUGAUUACGUGGAAGACAGCAGCGAAAGUGGUCUCUCACCAUUGCCAGUAAGACAGAAGAAGUCGCAUAAAGAGCUUACAGAUGAGGAAUACAUGAGGAGGCAAAUUAUGGAGAUGAGCGCUGAUGAAGAGGAGUUGGAGGAACAUGGAAACCAGAAAAGUAAAAGAGGACAUAAAACCAGUGGGGACGCGAGUAAAGAAAGGCGACGACUUGCUCACCAUUCUAAUAGUUUUGAGGAAGACACCAAGACAUCAGAAGGUGCUUACAAGGAAAAAGAAGAAGAGGAUGUUGUAAUGGCCGGGGGCCUUCGGCGAUUUAAGACCAUUGAGCUGAAUAACACCAACAGCUACAAUCGUGAAAUGGAGCUCAGCACUGAGCAUGAUUUACGAGAACCAGAGUUAGAGAUGGAGAGUCUGACUGGUUCUCCUGAGGAGCGGUCGAAGGGAGAAUAUUCAUCCACCCUGCCUGCCACCACUCCCAGCUACACCUCUGGGACGUCCCCUACAUCUGUCUCGUCCAUGGAGGAUGACAGUGACAGCAGCCCUAGUCGUAGGGCAAGAUUAGAGGAGGCAAAGCAGCAGAGAAAAGCUCGACACCGGUCUCAUGGGCCCCUGCUGCCUACUAUUGAGGACUCAUCUGAGGAGGAUGAACUCAGAGAGGAAGAGGAACUACUACGAGAACAGGAGCAGAUGAGGGAUCUAGAACAACAGAGAAUUCGAAGCACUGCACGAAAAACAAAGAGGGACAAAGAAGAGCUACGAGCACAGAGACGCAGGGAAAGAUCCAAAACUCCUCCCAGUAAUCUUUCUCCUAUCGAGGAUGCUUCGCCAACAGAAGAGCUGAGACAAGCUGCAGAGAUGGAGGAGCUUCACAGAUCAUCGUGUUCUGAAUACUCACCGUCUAUGGACUCUGAAGCUGAGGGCUUUGAGAUGAUUGGAGGAAAGCUUUACAAAUCAGGAAAUGAGUAUAACCUUCCAACUUUUACAUCACUGUACUCCCCUACAGAGAAAACAGCUGCAUUGUCACCAUCGGAUAAAACACUAAAGAGUGCAGAGGAGGUUUAUGAAGAGAUGAUGAAGAAAGCUCAGCUCAUGCAGAGGCAAGGACAAAUGACUGAUCAGUCUGACAGUAAACAUCUUCUUGAUGCAGGAACCACCCUAACUCCUGGCUCAAGUCCAACACAAAUAGCAGCACCAAUGUCCUUUUCCACAACAGGUAGUGAUCCAAGAAUUCCUGGAAUUCAUGCUGCUCAGCAUCUUUCUAAAGAAACACAGAAUAGGAUGAUGACUCAGAGUGCCAAAAUUGAAGGUGUUGUUGGAGUUGCCGCAACCAGAGCCCAAGUCAGUCAGACUGCCACCACAAGACAGGCGGGUAGCACAGUGCCCGCUGGCAACAGGGCAAGCUCUCAGAGGCCAACACAGGCAACAUCUGACCCUGGAGCUUCCUCCAUCACCUCUAAAGUUUUCUCCCUUUUCAAAGGUCCCAGCCCUCCAAUCUCUCCCACUGCCUCUCCAGUACAAAGCCCAACCCACACGCCAUCUAUUAGGCCUGCUAGUAGUAGUGGGAGACAGCUACCCACUUUGCCUGGUGGUCCUACAUCAGCAGCAGCUCAUGGAGCUCAAACACCUCAAAGGGCAAGUUCACCACGUCUCGCUCGUCAACAGUCCUCACAAGAAUCACCAGUAAUGGUGAUAACACUAGGCUCUGACACAACUAUCCCUGCCAAACCACUUACUGUCAAUUCGUCCACUUCCCCUUUGUCAUCACCCACCCAGGCCAGUUGUAAGACUUUGUACAGCUCAAAGUCCCCUGGGGCAAGUUCCCCAACAUCACCACAAAUGCAUCCAUCACAGCAGUCUCCAAAACAUUAUUCCCAGAUGACCCAAAAUGUUGAAAAAGUAAACGUCGGUAUUAGCACUGUGACCACAACUGCACAAAGUCUAUGUAAAAUCUCUGGUGUUUCAGGCUCCCCAAAGAUCAUUGGUCCCAAUCAGACAUAUCAAAGCACCAGUGUAGUCGAUCUCAGAGCCCCAAUGAGGCCAACUCCAAUUAUAAUGACGGACCAGGGGAUGGAUCUAACAUCACUUGCCUCUGACACGAGAAGAUACUCUUUAGGAGCAGAGCAGUCAUCUGUUCGACACACAGCAGUCCAACCUCUUAUUAUGAACCUGAAUGCACAAGAGCAACCACAUAUAUCUUUAUCAACACCCACCACAGUUAGUAUUACAGUUGCGGGUACUGUAUUUAUGUCCCAGCCCAAACAACAGGUUGUGUAUGGAGAUCCUUUGCAAAACCGUGUGGAUUUGGGACAGGGCGUUGGAUCGGCUGUGUGUCUGUCCCAGAGUAAAUCACCAGUUAAUGAUCCGUCUAUCCCCAAGAUCGAUGCCUGCCUGGAGAACUUAGGUAUACAGCAGCAGCAACUACAGUUACAGCAGCAGAAGCUUCUGCAGCAACAGCAGCUCCUUGAACAACAGCUUCAACAGCACCAACAGCAAUCCUCAUUUGCUCGUUACAACUUAGCUAAUCAGGUUCAGCCAAUGCUAAUGAAAAAAGAUUUAGUUGUGAGUCAGAUAAGCAGUGCCCAGUCUGUAGUGACUGCUAGUGCCAUUCCCAGAGUAUCCCCCCUUGCCCCACCACAAGGGUCUGGGGCUCCUGCUUCUAAUGCUCCCCAUGAAAUCUAUGGUGGAGUUGCCUUAGAGCUAAAAAACAAGCCAACAGUAAUGAACUUAUCCACAGGUAAGCCCCAUGUUAUGAUGGUGCAACUUGAUGAGAGUAACACAUCACAAGGGAGCACAGUGACUCAACUGGUAAAGCAAGAGGAACCUCCUCCCGCUCCUCAGGUCCUGGAUCUUACUGGACAAAUUAAACCGGAAAACCAGGUGGCUUGUUGUGAUGUUGUUUACAAACUGCCCUUUGCUGGUUCCUGUUCAGGGUCAUUCACUCAGAAGCCUGCAGCAGUAUCCUCGGAUAAAAACCCCACCCCAGAGGCUUCUCAAGGAGUGCACCCUCCCCAACAACCACAAUAUAAUAUCAGCCAACAACAACAACAACACCAACCUCAAUCUACGCAAGGAGGGAAAGAAGAACAUAAACCCUAUCAAACACCUGUAGUCCCUUCAGGAAGAAUUCAACCCUCCAUGUCUGAUACUAACUUGCCUUCAAUGACUGACUCCAACCCCUAUCAGAAUAAUGUUCCGGGGGGUCUGGCAGUGGAUCUUACCGGCAUGAAUCAAGCUUAUGAAGGUGGAUAUCUUGGUCUGGGAGCUCAGUAUGGAUCUUACACAGACUUACGUCAUCAGGGGGAUUUUUCUGGCCCUUCAAUGCCCCUCCGUCGAUAUGGCUCCAUGUCAAAUAUCAAUUCUGACUAUGCCUACAGUUCCCAGAACCUAUCAGGAUCACAGGACUCCAAUCUGGCUCAGUACAGUGCAACUACUGCCAGGGAGAUCAGCCGCAUGUGUGCAGCCCUUAACUCAGUGGACCAGUAUGGCAGUCGGUAUGGCAAUAACCCUGAACUGAUACCAUAUGGGGCCGGACGAGGUGGCUCUUUAGGUAGGUUAAAUCUCCAUCAAAGCUUAGCAUCAAUAAGAGCUAACCUACUGUAUGGCCCAGAUGGAAGAGGUACAGCAAAUGGCCAAACCCUGACUAACCUCAUUAAUGCUAGACAAGCAAGUAUACGAGCCAUGUACCCUGCUGCUCUUAGAGGUGGUGAUGGCAUGAUAUAUUCCACAAUAAACACUCCCAUUGCCUCAACCUUGCCAAUAACCACUCAGCCUGGUUCUGUCUUGCGACCCAUGCCCAGAGGAAUUUACAGAACAUACCCAACAGGCGUGACUGCUGUACCAUUGGCUAGCCUUACCAGGUUACCUCAAAUGGCUCCCAGAAUGCCGCUUUCCACACAGGGACCAUAUUCCUUCCCUGCUCCAAACCAGUACCCCACUUCAGCUACACCCUCGGGGAGUAUGCCUGAUGUAAACACUUCACAUCAGGAAACUGCUAUGUAUCUAGGAAAGCCUCUAACAACUGUUGCUCCACAAACAGCAGCCACCAUCGCACCGACCCAAGCUGCGGGGCACUUGGGACCCCAAAAUGUACUUGUAGGUGGUAUGCAAACCAUGCAAGAUCAACAGGCAACUCAGCUCAACCUACAGAGUGCGACAUCUCUUUCUCAAGCCCAAGGCCAACCUCCAGCUAUCCAGUCAGUGCAGCCCCAAACACCACAGCAGCAGUUACCUACCCAAACUGAACCUCUAUCUUUGACUCAAACCCAGUCUCAAGUUCAGUCCAUCAGUCAGCCUCAAUCAAUAGUUCUACCACAAGGUCAACCACAAGCAGCACCCCAUGGUACUGCCCUACCACCUACUUCCAAAGUCUCCCCUCCCUCAGACCCCCAGAAGGGUAAAGAAGAUGAGAAACUCAGUCAGCAACAAGAACACAUGCUGCAGCUUGAGAGAGAGCGUGUUGAACUGGAGAAAUUGCGGCAACUGCGCCUACAUGAGGAGCUUGAAAGAGAUCGAAUGGAGCUUCAGAGACACAGAGAAAAAGAACAGCUCAUUGUUCAGCGUGAGAUUCAAGAGCUACAGACAAUCAAACAGCAAGUCCUUCAGCAACAGCAAGCAGACCGGGAGACACAGCUUAUAAUGCAAAGGGAGCAGCUGGCCCAGCAGAGAAUGCAGCUUGAACAAAUUCAGUCCUUACAGCAUCAGCUUCAGCAGCAGUUGGAGGAACAGAAAAGGCAAAAGACUGCGGCAGUGGAGGCUGCAGCUGCUGUCGCAGCAGCAGAAGCAGCGGCAGCAUCAGCAGCAGCGGCAGCAGCAGCAACCUCAGCCCAGGGAGCUAUCCAAGGGGUUGUCGUUGGUGGAGGGCAACCUCAAGGAUUUAUCAUCUGUGACCAGAGUGGCAGAGUUAUUCAGCAAGAGGGACAAAGUGUCCAAUUUUGGCAAGAUGGACAAGUGGUCCAAGCUGUGAUGUCUGCACGACCUCUUCAAAGUUCAGCCUCUGAAAUGUCUUUGAGAACCAGUGACAAACAGGCAGAUUCCAAGAUUAUGAAAAAGCAGAACUCCAUGCCCCGGCUUAGGGAUGGUUCAGAGGAUGAAUCCUUGAAAAGAAUCACAGAUAGCUGUGUGCAAACAGACGAUGAGGAUGGAGAAGAAAAAUUCAUUAACAGACGAAGGAGAACCAGGAGGAUUGCAGACUGCAGUGUGCAGACCGAUGAAGAGGACCAGGGGGAAUGGGACCAGCAGCCAGUGAGGCGCAGGCGAUCUCGUGUUUCGAAGCACUCAGAAUCCAGUGGGGAGGCUAAAUCAGACGGGUCAUCGAAAGUGGCUUCUUCAAGCAUAGCUAUUCAGACCACUAAUGAUUCUUCAUGUCAAACAGAGUCAGAUCAGCUAGGCAGGAUUUCUCCUGCAAUCCACAUUACCAUGGCAGAAACUUCAAAGGUUGACCUGUUACACUACAUAGCAGCUCCUGAAAGGACCCACAAAGGAGAGAGUUUGGCCUGCCAGACAGAACCAGAGUCUCACUCUCAGGGUGUGGUGGCACCGCAGCUUAGUGUUCCUACUACUAUUAGUCCAUAUUCCACAAGCCUGCAUAUAGUAGGAGCAAACACAUCUGACCCAUCAUCUCCCAGGCUCCAAGGAGUUGCGAAAUUUGAGAGGAGAAAACCAGACCCCCUGGAAAUUGGCUAUCAACAGCAACAAAAUGAAUCUUCUCGCCAGCCCCCCAAAUCCCCCCAGGUGCUGUACUCCCCUGUGUCUCCAUUGUCCCCUCAUCGAAUGCUGGAGACAACGUUUGCCUCCCAGGAGAAACUGAACAAAGCCCAUGUUACACCCCAGCAGAAGGCUUUUACUGCUGAAUCACCUCAACGACACCAGACCCUACCCAGACCAAUCAAAAGUGUGCAGCGCUCCAUGUCGGAUCCGAAGCCACUCAGCCCAACAUCAGAAGACCCAGCAAAGACCAGGUUCUCCCCAUAUCAUCAACAAGCUCUGUCCAACAGUCAGGUAUGAUAACAUAACUGUUUUCUGUUUUCUUUAUCUGUUAUCCAUAGUUAUAUCAAAUUAUGUUCCUCUAAAUAAAACAAGAAUAGGUAAAUAAUCUGAUCUAAACAUAUGACUAAGAAAUUAUAUCAGCUAUAAUUCAUGUAUUAUUAAAGAAAAUGCUUACAAAAGAAACCAUAAAUUAAGUUAUGUCUUGUGCAAAAAAGAAUGUGUCUUAACUUGUUGAACCAGUGCCAAACCCUGUGAAACAAGUUAGUUCAUUUCACACUUAAAAUUAGCUGGGGAAAAACUUAUGGAGGCCUUUUUAAAAAAGUUCUUUUCAGCUCCUUGUCUAAAACAAAAAGUAUAGUUAAAUAGAUUUGCAUGUGAAUGGAGACGAUGCUUUGUGUGCACAUAGAUGAUCACACAGGAUCUGGCAUAGAGUCGGCGACAGAAUGUUCUUAUGAGAGCAGCUGGCCAUGCCAGAAAAGCUUUCCCUAUCAUCCUCUUCUGCUGUAUCCACUCCCUUUUCUUUUCUCUUUCUACUAUUUUAGGAUACUUUCCCAUGUCUCUGUGACUCUCUCUCUUCUCUGCGUCUUACUCUUAUUAUGUCAUGUCUUCUGUAGCUAUAAAACCCAUGAGUGACAAAGAGGACAUGCUAUAUCAAAUCUUGGUACUUUGCUGUCUUCCUGAUCGCUAAAGUUUCUCUGCACCUACAAAAAUAAAUAGAAAUGACAUAUAAACAAAAUUUGGAACAUUAAGUAAAUUAUAUCAGGACUGUAACCUUUGAUAAAAACCAUAUAAAUCCACAGUACUCAAUUGUUUUGUACAUACUGGACCAACACGUGUGUUUAUAGGUUUUGGUUUUAAUUGUGUUGCCAUGUUAUAAGCGAUCUCUUUUUCGUAUGAUAAGUUGCAUGAAUUAAUGUGCCACUUUAGUCGAACCCCUUUGCAAUGUUGACGUUGUUGACUACCACUGCUCAACAUGGCUUAGUAUCGUUUAUUGGGGAUAAAACUGUCCAUGUGUUUGACUUUUGUUAAAAACCAUUUAGAUCAAUGCAAUAAUAUGUUCAUCUAACAAGUGACAUAGCCAGCAGUUUUGUAGUACAGAGGUUAAUUACCAUUGAGUAGUCUGGCGGUGUAUCUGACUUCAUAGCUUCUCACUUGUGUCUGAAUGUGGAGAAAUAUUAAGAGCCUCUGUGAGUUACUAGUGAACAGCAAUGAGUCUAAUUUCCAUAAACACAUUCUGUUUAUAAAUCAGUGUUUUGCUGAUGUGUCUCUGCCUCUCCUACCAGAUGGCCUCCCUGCAGCAGCAGAACGCUCUGAUGAGAAAAGUUAAGAGGACCCUUCCCAGUCCACCUCCAGAAGAGAGUCCACUUCCCAUUGUAACACCAGCACAAAUGUACAGCUCCCCUGGCAUGCCACAAAGGGUCCAUCCCAGACCUGCCCAAGGUGUCACCAAGGCAGGUCUGCUAAGUGAAUUGAAAGCUGUUGAGCAAGAGUCAUCAAAGCUUCGUAAGCAGCAGGCUGAGCUGGAAGAGGAAGAAAAAGAGAUUGACGCAAAGCUUCGGUACUUGGAAUUAGGCAUCACCCAACGUAAAGAGACCAUGGUAAAGGAGAGGGAGAGAAGAGAGCUGGCCUACCUGAGGAGUAUGGGUGAUGCCCGGGACUAUAUGUCUGAUAGUGAGCUUAAUAACCUUAGGAUGGCAGCUGCAACAGGGACCUUUGACGCUAAUGGUCUGCUGACAAGGCCCAGUACUGCACCAAUGAGCCAAUUUACCAAUGACCUCAAUUCAACCUCUCAGUAUCCCUCAACGUCAUCCUAUAUGUCUUAUCCUUACCCUCAAAGUCAACAAUCCAUGCAGCAACCUGGCUCAGCUUACCAACAGAUAGGUUUUCAACCUGCCCCGUACCCCACAUCCUCUGCACCCCAGCCUGGAACAUUCCAGCCACACCCACCGCCAGGCCCUGGUUACCAGAACCAGGCUAGCUACACCUCCCGCAUGUAUGGCCAGUCCUCCUACCAGACAGACCUUGGUAUGCAGCAACAUGGUCACCAAGGCUUCCAUACACCCGGUCAGCCCAUGCCAGGCCAGAGUCUUCCCUACCCCACCCACAGCUCCUACCAACCUGGUCUCCCUUACCAACCCCAGGCAGAGAUCCUUACUGUCCAUCAGAGACCACGCCAAACAUCAUUGGCUGACCUUGAGCAAAAACUCCCAACCAAUUAUGAGGUCAUCAGCAAUCCAGCUGUGUCAGUGGCAACAUCAGCUCCAGAUACCAACUUUGGCACAGUGUACAGCAAUGCAUACGGUCAAUAUCGCCCUCCAGAGCCUGGCCUGACCCACUCCGUAGACAGCCCCACCUCUGCUUAUGCAUCAGACGCAAUGUACACCUCCAACCUGGAGCAGAAUAUUCCAAGGAACUACGUCAUGAUUGAUGACAUUAGUGAGUUGACAAAAGAUAACGCGGGCCAACCAACUGAUGCUCUAGGCCAUCCUGUGGGCGGACGAUAUCGCAAUGAGAAUGGUCCUGCACGUGGAAGUGCCUAUGGUAGGCCUGAAGAUGAGCCUGUUGAUGCUUAUGGCAGGCCUACUGGUUCAACAGGUUUUCCGAAUACAGCAGACAAUCGCACCAGCACCGCAGGAAGUGGCGGCUCUUCCUAUUACUACGAUGAUUACAAACACACGUCAAGGAGCGGCUCCAGUGGUCACAAACUCAAUCCGAAGAAUCUUGCACCUGCCGUCGUCUCAUCUAAACGUAGUAAGCACAGGAAGCAGGGGAUGGAGCAGAAGAUCUCUAAAUUCUCACCUAUUGAGGAAGCUCGAGACGUGGAGUCUGACCUUGCUUCUUAUACAAUGACAACACCAUCAGGAGGAAGCUGUACAGUUGUGUCCAGAUCAAAGAAGCUCCAGGAUGACGGUACUUAUGGGAUGAAGAAAAAUGCCUAUGACCAGCAGAAAUAUUAUGGCACGAGCCGUGAGGGAUUUGAAGAGGAAGACCGUAUGUACAGCUCUGGUCGAUCCAGGUCCACUGGAUAUGGUAUGGACAAAAUUUCCUCCAGAGACGCCACGGGUCAUAGAAGUAAAUCCUAUGAGAGGGACGCCAUGGAGCGAUCUCAGAGAAGCAGCCGUGGUGGGAGGCCUCCUAUGCGCAGCAACUCAGAAGAGGAGAGCCCACUGAGUCCUGUUGGGAAGCCUGUGGGCAUGGGUCGAGGCUCCGGCAUUGCAGAUGCCCAUGAUGUCAGGAACCAAUAUGGCUCCAGCCAUUCAUUGCCGGAUGUGCAGGACCAUUACAAGAAAGACCUGCCCAGGAGUCAUGUCUAUAAGCCAGACGACCCUUACCUUGUAGAUGACAUGCACUGUGCUGUUUCUGAUAGUGAAGGUAACUGGUGCUGAAUACUUUGUGCUGCCUGACAUUCGUUUUCUGCACUUUUAAUUUGUGUUGGACAGAGACUGCAUGCCAAGUGUGGGACUUUAAGGAAAGCACAAAACCUUUUUUUUUUUUCUUUUUAGUUCUUUUUGAAUAUUUUUUGGUCUAUAUUAAGCCGCAUAUGCCUAUUUUAUAUAAAUAUUUUUGCAUGCAUCAUUUGUUGGUGUGAGGUUGUCUGUUUUUAUUUUUAAUUUUUUUGUUGGACUUUUGUUGGAGAGUUGCAUGGCUCUUGGCUGUGGGGCAUGUUACCCAACUAUUUUGCAUGGCUUCAACCUGCAUACUACCCGGCGCUCCACUGAAAUGAAAUGACUGAUCAUGUCUGUUUUGAUUUGAAAAGCCUAUCAUUUGGGGCAAGAGGAGACCGAUUGGUUUGAGAAGCCGCGGGAGGCUCGUUCUGAUCGCUCGAGACAUCAUGGAGGUGGCAGUCACUCGUCCUCAGGUAGGCGUAGUAAACACACCUACCAUGAUUAUGAUGAACCUCCAGAGGAAUACUGUCCCCAGGAUGAGUACAACCAACAACGUCACCCUUCCUCUACAACUCGAGACCACCGCCACCAUGGAAGCAGCACUGGCAGACACAGCUCUUCACGGCAUGGUACGGAAGAUCCCAGGUCCUCCCGUUCUACCAGGACUCAUCCAAGAGAUCCAUCUGGUCGCACUGAUGGCAGGAGCUCCUCAUCUGCACAGAGAAGAAGCGGUCCAGACUCCCGAUCUGCCCAGGCAAGCCCCCGGAACUCGGGAGACUUCUCUCGGGAGCCUGCCUCUGGUCAUCAUCACGGCACUGGGGGACGAAGUCAGAGAUCACAAGGAGAUCGUGCAACCACCAGAAGGCAGGAGCCAUCUACAGCAGGGUCCAAACCCCAGCAGCAGCCCCCUCAGGGCCACCCUGGGCAGCAGAGGUCAGGUGCCCAGAGCCAGACCGGGAGACUUCCAGGCUCUGAGCAACUCGAUGGUAACCAGCAGGCCCAGCAGCAACAGCAGCAGAGUGCACAACAGCAGCAGCAGCAGCAGCAACCACCACAGCAGAGCCAGCCAACUCAGAGCAACCAGCUGCCAACAACAACUGCAGGAGCAGGACCAGCACAGCAACAGCCCAAAUCCAGCCAAGCCCAACCACAGGGACGCCAGCCGGGAGUUGGGCCUGCUGCAGGGCAGGGGGCUAGUACAGCGGUGAGUAGAUCUAAACCUUGUUUUGCUUUUCUUUUAAUUGAUUUUCAUAUUUUAAUUUUGAAGAGGUGCUACUUAAAAAUCCUUUCCUUAAUAGAUUUUUUUUUAACAGACUAUAUAUCCAUUUGUGUUACAUCCUUUUGAAUGAAAAACGCUUUAUAAAUAAAGUUUGAUUCGAUUUGAUUUGAUAAUGAGCCACUCUUGCUGUUUUCAUGCACAUUAAAUCGAACAUUUCCACUGAUGAUAAAGUGACACAGUCUGACUGAGUCUGCACAAAUUACCCCAGCAAAUAAUUGAAGUUUUCUGCCUCAUCGCUGUCAGAGUCUGUUGAUGUCUUCUUUUCCAUCCACCAGACUCUCACUUUUAGUGUUCAUAUACCAUUCUCGAUUUUGUCGAUAAUUAGUUGUUGCCUGUGGCUGUUCUCCACCUUUGCAGAUUUUUCUAAACAAUGAAAGUUUCUUUUCUUUUUGUAAACCACAGAUUUCAAAACCAAAUUUCAAUUUUACUAGACUCUUUUUUGUUGAUUGAUAUGAUUGUAGUAGAUGGUCUAAAUUUUCAAAGCACCUAUCUCCUGUAGAGAUAAAACAGACCACAUAAUAAAGAGGAUGUAUAUUAUUUAAGUAUAAAUUGGAUGAAAUAUUCAACACCAUCCAAUAUCAUAAAUAGAUGCAUGAUUUAAGUUUGCCCUAACAACAUAUUUCUCACUGUUUAAUUGAUGACAGGCCAAAAUGGAUGCUACACCUGCAGCAACAGCCACAGGAAUGAAAGCUACAACAGGAGUGCCACCAGCACCUCAGCCAAUGAAAACAGCGACACCACCUCUGGCAGGCAUUGGUGAGUUUCAGCUGCACCACUAUCACAAGGUUUAAAAAUUCAUAAACAAAAAAAAGACAUACAGUAUCAUGAUUGUGUUUUUGUUUGAAGGCUCCAAGGCACCCCCUGUUGGGAUCGGGAGCAAACCAGGAGGAAUAGGCAGUGCUGCUGCAGCAGGUCAGCCACCUGCUGAGGGGGAAAAUGUUCUCACCAAAAUCCUGCAAGGAGGGGCGGCUGAGCAAGCGGGAAAACUGGGAGAUGGUACGGUCACGAAAAAUCUAGACAUUAUCAAAGCAGAGUUGUAGCUUUUGUUUUCUGUAAACAAUUCAAUGUGAAUUAAGGUCCUAAAAUACCUUGAAUGUGUUUUUCCCAUUAUUCUUAUUUUCUCCUUUUCAUUGUUAUUUUACAGCAUUGUCCGGUCUUGGGAAGAAGUUCACAUCAUUUUGGUGAACUAAACAGUGAACCGUAAGUGGACUUAAGUUAGAGAUGACAAAAAAAAUUGUUGUUUUUUUUUAACUUUCAAUAUAAGAACUUGUAUUUUACAGGGAUGGUACGCAACAGAGAUCAAGUAAUGGAUGUUUGGGGACUGAAAACAUUUACGUAUUGCUUGACAUGCUUACUGUGAAUUAAAUGUGUCCUUUUUUUCAGGUAAUGCACACCUGUGUUGAGAUGGACCGGUAACUUCGUACUCGAAAAACCUAUGAAACUUCAUUAAACACAUUUCACAACAUAGACAAAACAGAGAGGGGGAUCCUGAGCACAUCAGUGAGUAUCUCAUUUACUGAACUAAGAAGAUGCUAACUUUAGUGACACUUCCAUUAAACUCCAAGCUACAUAAGUUACCUUAAUGUGUUGAUUUAUAGUUUUUUAUCUGCUAGAUAUCUUAAUCAAUUAGCAAGGAUUUGACUUUUCUGCAUUUUGAGAUGACUCAGGUUAAAUGAUGACUGAUAAAGUGCAGCGAGUGUGUGAUCGUUCUGAUCCUCUGUACGUUUCCUUUAUCCAAAAUCACUGAACAGAGCUGGAAUCAAAGGAUGCCUUGUCAGCACUGAACUCCCCAGACAUGGGCACACAACUCAAGUGAAUUAAAUAAGGGUGAACGCUUUGUCAGCAGGGUGUUGCGAGACAUAAAAAGAAGACUGAGCGCACCAAAAAGUAGGUGAUUCCUUGCAUGAUAGUGACACAUUGUCGAGCGUUUGCUUGUAUGUUGAGUUGUGUAUGGAAAAUGCUUGUUAGGUUGGGUUAUUUGAAGCACAAUCCCCUUGAACCUUUGGCUGCAGAGGUUAGAGGCCAGGACCAAGCACAAAGGAGGUCAGCGCUGGUACAGUUUACUUCUGACUUCACACAUCUCCAAUAAUCUGGGCCAAGCACAGGCUGCUAUAAUUAGCUUUGAGAAGGCUAACUGUGGCUUUGCUUUCAUGUCACACACGCGAAGACACAUAGGGACAUGAGCACAUGCAGGGACACAGAGCCAUGACUCAUCGUAAGAAUCACUCAUUACAUGGAAGACUGAGCUGAUCAACUAAUUCUGCUCAAUGUAGCAGAAAUACAGAAGCACCAAUAAAACAGAUUUCAAAGCAUUUCUACUUUGCAUCUGUUGAAACACCUGGUGUGACAGGAUGAAGUCGAGGUUCAUUUGCAUGGAGGUUUAUCCGACUAUACUGUCUACAUUUACACUUGCAGUUUAGGUAGCUGUCUUAGUCAUUUCUGUGUCUGGGUCUGGUCUCAGGAUUAAGAGGGGGAAUGUGGGGAUGAACCUGACUCAGUGCUUCUUUGAGCUGCUGCAGGUCAGCCUGUUCAGCUCUGUGAUUACUUCCCAUAUUACCCAGGGGGGCUGUGAUUGACUGGAGUAUCAAGAGAUGUAAAGAAAAGCGGGCUGGAAGGGACCUAACAAACAAAUAGGGAGUUUUAAUCUCUUGAUGUGUUGUGCGAAGGCCUCAGCAGAAAUGUCAGGGGUUUAAGAGAUCAGGAUCAGUCAGGACAUUGUAUACUAAUUAGUUUACUUUUAGAUUACUGUAUUCAUAUGAAAUUGUCAAGUUUGCAGUAUAGAAUUUGACCUUGUGAAGUGAUUUUCUUUGACUCUUUUUCAUUGUCUCUAUUCCAGGAGGACAUCAGCAGUAAAAAAAUGAAGUGGGAAAGCGAAGGAAAGAGAGGAAGGGGGGCUCGAGCACUCCUUACCACUCUCUCCUACAGAAAGCCUCCUGGGAUUUGUGUCACAGUAAAGGAGAGCUAACUGAAGCACCCCGAUGUCAUGGGAGAAAUUCAACUCCUUUUUUUACAGCACAAUAAAGGAAGCCUCACAGCGCCUACUAAAGGGAUUUUAUGGAACACCGCUUUUGUCUGAGGAGUGCACAUCUGGCAAGGAUAUUUGAUUCCAUAUUGAUGUCUUCGCAGCCUUUUCAUGCAGACAGUGAAAAAUAGAAAAAUAAAGAUUUUCAUAGGUUUUCCUUGUACCAAAGAUACCCAUCUUAGCCCAAAAUGACACAACAUACCUGGAAAGACAAGAUGAAUCACGGCAAUGACAACCAACCGGAUAACUCCACCACAACCCUUGAAUGCUUGGUUUCUUCUGAUCUCUGCAGUACAUUCCAGUAUAGGGAAUAUGACCCUUUCUCUGAAUGUGUUUUUGUUUCUCCUCUUUUUGUUUUGAUGUCUACAGAAUGCAUCGCGUAAAUGUGGACAUGUGAAUGCACGCACAAAUAUUUCAAAAACUGAAAAAAAGAAACCCAUAUCAGUACUUUUUCACCACUUAUGAGAUGCCACUAGUUAUUAAACUGUAGGUUUUUAGGGAAGGAAAUUACUACCAGUGUGCCCACAAGUGUGAGAUUCACACAGAUGAGAGGACCAAAAAGAAAGAGUGGCCACGGCUCUUUGUUAGCCAUCGCAAAGCCAUCCUUGUAGUCAGCCUCAGAGCUGAUGGGAAUACUCUGAGGCUGACUGUGAAAGAAUAGGGUCCCCUCUGGGACUUUAUCCUUUUUGAUUAUUUAUCUCAUCUUUUAGUUUCUUUUGAUUUUGCCUGAUAUUCACUGAAUGGAAGAGCCUUAUUCAGUACAUGUUUUUACUUGUAUACCUCACAUGUUUGAAAAUGUCCAUGUCAUCAUGCAUUUCUUUUUACACAACUGUAUAUUAUUGUAUGUACAUAACCGAACAGAGAUCUACUUAUGUAAAUUUUGUCAUUUGUGUAUUCAUGGAAUCACUCUCCAGUGACUUUUUUUUUGUUGGUCUGUGUCUUUCUUUGGUAAAACUUUAUAUUUUUCACUUUGAUUUCCGUUUGAAUUUGUUUUCCUGCAUCAAAUAAUUUGCUUGUUGGUUUUUAAAAGCAAUAGCAUGCAGAGAAUGGUAUAUAGCACAAUAGUUUAAAUGUUGUUUGAAUUAGUGAUGGGAAACAUCGAACACUUCUGUCGUUAAAUAAUCGUAAUACAAUUUGUCAGCGGGUUUACAACCACAGUACCAUGUCCAGACAUGCAUGUUUUGUGCAGCUGCAUAAAAAGCAUGCAGACAGGUACUAACACACUCACACAGAUACACUCCCUUUCUCUUGCAUACACGUAUGCACUCACACUUAACAUAUUUCACACUUGCAUUAUCACAUUACACGUCAGAGCCAAGGUUAAUUGUGUUCUCCACUUAAAAGACCUGUUAGCCUCCUGCUCAUAAAUGAGGUAACCGAUUCACUAACAAGAUUAUCUCACUAACAAGCUGGGCCCAUUGCCUCUAUUUGUGCGAAGACACACACAAACACACACUUACACACACUGAUACAUACACACAUAAACACAAACAGGAGAGGAUGAAAGCAAUUAUCAAUUCAAAUGUUCUAUGCAAUGACUCAUUUUAAACCUGGAAAUGAUUCAGCCUAAAACAGUUUAUUAUCAUCAUUCUAUUCACAAGAAAACAACAAAAUUAUGAACUAAAUAUUAAAAAAAAGGUAAUGAAAUGUUUUUACUUAGCAACUUGUCUGUAUGAAUUUGAAUAUUGAAUAUUGAUCUAGAUUUGUUUUUAUUUUCGUGGCAUGUUUUGACCCCUCACCCCCCCACACAUGGGGGGACUUGUUGCCAAAGGGUAAACUGUGUAGACUGUCGGAUUUGAAUGUCCACCAUCAUGUUGCUUUGAAGCAUGGGUUUGCUUGGCUUUGUCUGGCUGUUUGUAAGCCCUCAUUCAGUUUUUGUGCGUUUUGGCUGACCUGGGCUCCUCAGUGUUUGGCUUGCAGUGACCGUACGUGCUGCUAUAAACCUGUGAUGCAGAUGGUCAGCACUUCUCAUUAAUACUUGUCAAUGUACAUAUUGGGUGUCAGUAUAACCUGUGGGGUGAAUGGAAUGCUUCUAUCGGAUAUCUCAUUGUUGAUUAAACCACUCAGCAGCCAAGCCAUUGAAAAGGUGCAUGAUUUGAUCUUAUAUUCUUUGAAGCUGUACCUGAACUGAAAAAAAAUGGGAAGGCAUGAUUUCACGAAGGUUUACUUAACAAACCUUGACUUUCACUGGCCAAUGUAGAGAAUAUCGAUAAGUUAAAUGUUCAGCCAGUCGCUCACAAAUCAGGGCAUGUCAUUCUGAAAGCACAAGCCUGACUGGUAGCUGCUAGAUGAAGCGCAGAAACAUGGGAGGUUGCGUAACAGUGCCUCUAACUAAAUAGCGAAGGAUCUGUAUCAAAACAUGAGGUGUAGAUGCUCUUGGGUCGAUAUGAGGUACACGACACAAAACAGCCUUCAGUGCAGCCGUCCGAUUGACAGAAAGGCAGACAGACACACAUUCUUACUGUAAAUACAACUUCAUUUUUCUGUACAGCUUUUGAGUUCUGAGUACGGCUUUCAUGUGCAUCCCCAUGCCGUAUUUGCUGCCAACUUUUGUGUAUAAAAAGAAUAUUUAUUACCACAAUAAUGAUGAUGAUGAUGAAGAAGAAGAAGAAACUAAUGAUGAUGAUUAUUCUAAUUAUUGCAUAAGCAUAGUGUAUGUGGCUGACAUGUAUUGACUGUUUACAACAGUGGAACAAAACUCGUAUUCAGAAACAUAUCCAGUCUGUGUAUAGUUUCUAUACAUAUUGUGUUUGUAAAACAACAACAACAAGAAAAAAAAACCUCCACAGCGACUGCAGAGUAGGAAGUCUUUGUCAGGCUCUCAGGAGGUCUUUAAUCUGAUGGAUAUGAUCUGCAAGGUGACGAAGGUAAUGGGAAGCAUCGGGAAAAAAAAAAAAAGAAUCAAAAAAUCUGGAAAAUGUCAUUCACUGUUGUAAGUGCAAUGGGCAAAACGUCAGUCGUGUAUCCAUUGUGAAACCUUGUGUUCUAUUCAGUGUAUUCCUGUAAACAGAUAGAGUAAAUUUUGGUGCAUCAUGUCAAGUAAUGUGAGUAAUGAAAAUAUUGACCCUGCAAUUUCCAAACAGAGAGAAGAAUAAAAAGAAAAGGAAAACAUUGUGUUUA